AGCGGAGACAGUGUGGGCGCGAGGAGGCAGAGUUAGGACUCGAGCAGGAGCAUUCGGUGAUGAAAUGAGGGGGCGGAGUCUGCGGUCCACGAUCUGAUGGAUCACUGAAUCGGACAUAACCUUUUCCAGGUUAACACAUGCCAGGAUUUACAACGCUGAAUCAGGCUGUUUGUAUCUUCGCGGCUUCCGUAGUUCUGCGAACGUUUAGGGUCUUGAACAAGCUUGUGGGGCUCAGUCGCUGGCAGGCAGCGGAAGGAUUAAGGAGGGGGUGCCGGCCCGGGUGGUAUUUCCAUAUUGUCGGCACUGCAGCGCAUACACGCAAUUUAUAGGAGAGCGCGGUAUGUACUAAUAACGGUCACUGCGCUGAGAGGAUGCGGCUCCUUCCCGGGUAUUCACGGCCUCCACUUCUAAAGCAGCACCAAACCCGCCCGGGUCACCGAGGGCUCCCCGCCACCUUGUGAUAGCAAGCCGGCAGCCAGCUCUGUAACCAGCCUCGGGGUCAUGACCUGCCAUCCAAUCGCCGCUGUCACCACCGAGCCAUUGUCGGCCCCAUUGUAACCCUCCGCAGAGAGAAAUAGGUCAAUGGUGAGCGAGACCCCGGGGGGAGGGGAGUGUGAGCAGCACCUGGCCCUGGACUGGACAGCAUCAUAGUCAGCAGGAAGCGGCUCCCGGGCUGUAUGAGGAGACAUGGCCAACCAGCCUGUGAUCCUCAAUGUGUAUGACAUGGUAAGCGAGGGGGAGGGGGCGGCAGGUACCCCUAUUAGUCAUUAUUAGGCUUUAUAUGGGGGGAGGGGGGGACUACACAUUGAAAUCACUAAUAGAAUUACAUUUAGAGCAAUGUUUAUAUAUGUUACAAAGGAGCUUAUCUAAUAUGGUGAAAUAAACGUGUGUGUGUGUGUGUGUAUAUAUAUAUAUAUACACACACACACACACACACACACACGCAGGUAAUGUAAAGCUUCUGUUUGGGGGGAGGGGAUUAUUAUUUUUAUUUUUUUCCAUGAACUGUUUGUUUAGUGCUUCCCAAAACCGGCCCCUGAGAACGCUUAAGGUUUUAUCCAUGUCUUCUUUAAAACAAAGCUGAAUUUAGAACCACUUUAGUACAAUUGUACAGUUCAGUGUUCAACAGUAUGCUGUUGCUUUAUAUAUAAUUUCUGCUGGGUAAUAUAAAAUUUGCUAGCUCUCUAGAGCACCAGUUGAUUUAAGGACAGGGGGGAUAUGCGUAACCUUAAUCAAAUCGUGAUUUGCAGGUUUAUUAAACAAUCGAUUGUCAAGAAUUUGCAAGGAAACUGCAAGUUUGAGGCUAACAUGCCAAGUUGGAACAUUCUGACCAACUUUUUAUGGUAGUGGAAAAGAAAUGCUGUUCGUUGUGAUUUUUAAAUUUUUAUUUAUAUAACACCAUCAGAUUCUGUAGCGCUGUACAAAGGGUGGACUAACAGACAUUUAAUUGUAACCAGACAACUCGACGUACAGGAACAGAGAGGUGGAGGGCCCUGCUCAAUGAGCUUACGUGCUAGAGGGAGUGGGGUUUAGUGACACAAAGGGUAAAAGUAGGGGUAUGAAGAAAGUUAUUAGAAAAAUGUAAGCUGAGGGCUUAGGUAAUAUUUGACAGUUGCAGGAGAGGAGUCAUGGAGGGUGGAGGAUAAAGACCUGCUAACAGUUUAAUUGAUAUGCUUUCUUGAAGAAGUGAGUUUUCAAUUAUUUUUUUUUUGAAUGAGUGGAGACUGGGUGAAAUUCUUUUGUAGGAGGGAAGGGAGUUCCACAGAAGAGGUGCCGCCCUGGAAAAGUCUUGGAGGCGAGCGUUAGAGAUGGGAGUAUGGACAGAGGAUAUACAUAGGUCUUUGGCAGAGCAUAGGGGCCUCGAUGGCACAUACUUGUGUAUUACGGAGGAUAGGUAGGUUGGAGCAUUAUGUAGGGACUUGUAAGCAAGCACCAGAAUUUUAAAUUGAGCCCUAUAUUUAACUGGGAGCCAAUGCAGGGACUGACAGAGUGGGGAGAUGUGGGAGGUGCGAGCAGACAGGAAAAUGAGCCUUGCCGCUGCAUUCAUUAUAGAUUGCAACGGUGCAACCUGGAAACACGUAAGACCAGUGAGAAGAGUAUUGCAGUAGUCCAGGCGAGACAGAACAAGAGCAUGGACCAGCAUCUUAGCCGCAUCCGGGGUUAGAUAGGGGCGGAUGCGCGCUAUGUUUUUUAGAUGGAAGAGACAGGAUUUGGCGAUUGAUUUGAUGUGAGGGGUGAAGGAGAGGUUGGAGUCAAAAAGAACACCCAGACAGCGAGCCUGCGAGGUAGAGGUGAUGGUAGCGCCGUUGACUUGGAGGGAGACAGACACGGGAGUAGUAAAACUUGAGGAAAGAUCAGAAGUUCUGUUUUGGACAGGUUGAGUUUAAGGAAGUGAGCAGCCAUCCAUUUGGAAAUCGAAGAGAGGCAGUCAGAGACAUGAGUCAAGAUGGGCGGAGAGAGAUCAGGAGAGGACAGGUAGAUUUGCGAGUCGUUCGCAUAGAAAUGAUAAUGGAAGCCAAACGAGCUGAUGAGUUUACCAAGGGAGGCAGUGUAGAUAGAGAACAGUAGGGGACCAAGGACAGAACCUUGGGGGAUGCCAACAGAGAGGGGUUGGGGGGAGGAGGCAGAGUCAGAGAAAGAAACACUGAAAGAGCGCUGGGAGAGGUAGGAGGAGCACCAGGAUAGAGCAGUAUCCCUUAGACCAAAAUUACAGAGAAUGCGAAGAAGCUGCUGAUGAUCAGCAGAGAGAUCAAGGAGAAUUACGAUAGAGUAAUGGCCACGAGAUUUAGCAGCAAUUAAAUCGUUGGAUAAUUUGGUCACAGCGGUUUCGACAGAAUGACCAGCGCGGAAUCCAGAUUGAAGGGGGUCAAGCAGAGAGUUGGUUUCGAGAAAGUCAGUCAGUCUGGUGUACACAACUCUCUCGAGGAUCUUGGAUGCAAAUGGCAGUAGCAAGAUUGGGCUGUAGUUGGAUGGGGAGUUGGGGUAGAGGCUGGGCUUUUUCAGAAUUGGGGUUAUGGUUGCAUGUUUGAAGGGUGAGUGAAAUGUGCCAGAAGAAAAGGAGAGAUUGAAAAUUUUAGUGAGUGGAAGAGCUAGAGAGGGAGACAUAGUGCGGAUGAGAUAAGAAGGAAUAGGAUCGAGGGAACAGGUGGUGGGGCGGGAGGACCGGAGCAGAGAAGAAACCUCUUCUGCUGUAGCGCAGGUGUGUAAUGAGUGUAGAAUGGUGGAGGGAGUGGGUUUGGGUGAUGUAUUGGUAGGGCAAGGAGAGAAAUUAGCGAUCUCUUCUAUGAUUGUAGAGAUCUUCUCAGUGAAGUGAGAUGCAAAGUUUGUGGCGGACAAGGUGGUAGAAGGAGGGGGAGUAAAAGGGCAAAGAAGAGCAUCAAAAGUGUGAAAUAGGUGUUUUGGUUGAUGGGACAGUGUACUUAUGAGGGUGUUAAGGUAAUUUACUUUUGCAGCGGCGAGAGCCAGGCUGUAGGAGCGUAGCAUAAAUUUAUAGUGGAGGAAGUUUUGUUCGCCUAAACGACACUGCACGUGCUCACGCUAUGCAUGAGUAUUUCCAGCAUCAAUGGAGUCCCUCAGGAAAGCAUUAAAUGAUGCUUUCCUAUGGGGAAAUCCUAAUGCGAGCGCGGCCAUUCCCGUGCGUGCGCAUUAGGUCUCCGGUGGGAGAGGAGGAGCGUGGGCGGGGAGGAACUGAGUCAGCGCAAAGGGAUAUCGGCGCUGGACCCAGGUAACUGCCAAAAGGGGUUAUUAAAGGGAUACAAAGCUGUAUUCAUGGCACUGUAUUCCUCUUCUCCCCAACCCGUUAAUGUAGAGGGUUUAUUUACUUACUUUAUCCCGGCGCUGUUGUCCCUCGGCCCUGAGUCGCAUGUGCGGCAAAUUCUACGCCGCAUUAGAACUCCCCAUAUGAAAACAUUGUAUCACUGCUUUCCUAUGGGGGAAAAUAUGAUGCUGGAGGUCCUCAUGCAGAGUGUGAGGACGUCUAGCGUCAAAUAAUGGACUAAUGGACUAAAAGUCUGUUGCGAUUCCCGAAGCACCCUCUGUGGCUGGUAGACAGCCACAGAGGGCAGACUGCUGCAAAGUAAACAUUGUAGUAUCUCUGCAACUGCAAUGUUUAACAUUUCAGCACUUAGUGCAAAAGGGACACUGCACCCAGACCACUUCAAUUAGCCGAAGUGGUCUGGGUGCCUACAGUGUCCCUUUAACCCUUUCGGCACCAUGGAGUGUUUACAUUUUUUAAAUUAAAUUUAAUAAUUAUUCUCUAGUAGUAAAAAGGGUAAUCAAGACGUGGACUUCAUGCUCACUGUGCCUAGAGGGGUAUCUGCUACAAUUUGCUGACGAGGCCCAAAGAAGGCCAAAUGAAUGUCCAGAGUUGCUGUCUCUCUUGUGCAGAGAAAUGUUUCCGCCAUUUCGGUGCUGGACUGCCCUUAUGAGUGGGAUUAGUCUGAUUUGUCUUGGAACUGGUUCUCUCUUUAACCCCUUAAGGACCAAACUUCUGGAAUAAAAGGGAAUCGUGGCUUGUCAGACAUGUCAUGUGUCCUUAAGGGGUUAAUGGCACAAGUGAGCAAAGACUAUUUUGAGCCCUGAGCUGGGAUGCUACGGAGUUCCUCUUAGAUGUCUGUUUUCAGAGAUCAUAUGAAUUUUUUUUUUUUUUUUUUUGUGUGCUUUGCUUUCUUUCUAUAUACUCCUGUUGCUUGAGAGGACUUCCUCCUGCUUAUUCCUUUGUCCCUUUGACAUUCCAAUUACUUCACCAUUCUCUUAAUUAUUUUUUUUUUUCAAUUUUAUAUUUAUAUAUAUAUAUAUGUAUAAACUUUUUAACAGACUGCCUUUUUUCAAUCCUGAAUAAAAAAAAUAAAUAAAACCCAAGCAAACAAAACCAAAAAUUAUUCCAAGACAAACGGAUAUAUAUUUGCAAUUCCCUGGUAAUGUGAUCAAUAAACUGUGCAUCACCCAACUGUACACAGUCACUUGUAAGCCAUUGAAUAAAUUGCAUGCUGACGCAAUAAGGAGGGAGGUCAGUUGUUCCUUGAUGUUUGCACAGUUCCCUCAAUGAAUGCGUGUAUUUGAAAAGCUUACUCUUUGUCCUGGGUAUGAUCUCUACAGAAAAUGUUCACAAAUGUGCUAAGGGACACUGUACCAACUUGAAAGACAUAUUGGUUGUUACAUUUUCAUUCUUUAUCAUUUUGUUUCCUUUAGCAGGAAAUUGGUUUAAUUUUGAUAAUAGAUAUGACAUGUAAGCGGUCCAUUCGCCUGUAUUUAGUUUGUCCACUGGUUGAUUAAAAAGAACCAAAUAUAUCAUGUUAAAUAAUUGUCCAUUGUCUGUUUUUAUUUUAAUUCUGGCUUUGGACAACUGAACAGCUGCCAAUAAUAGAAUUUUUUUAUUUAUUUAUUUAUUUAUUUAUUUUUGUUUGUGUAUUUAUUUUUUCCCCAAACCUUUCACAUGGAUAAGCACUAUGCUUGGUCCAUGUUCGGCUUACCACAUACAUAUCUACUGAUAUACCAAUUCUUAUUCCCUGUGGUCAAAAUGGUAUCACAUUAUUUAUUAUUUUUUUUUGUAGGGAUAAGUAAUUACUGGGAAAUUAAGUUGGCAGCUGCUUUGUCUGUCACAGGAUUAUGGCUGAACAGAUUGCAUAAAAAAUAAAAACCGUACCUCUUCAAGUGCUGCACUCCAUUUAAGGUUUAGCCAGCCUUUUGUUUUAUUUUAUAUGUACCUUUUGUGGAGUGGGGUUAAUUGGGGUGUUCUUGUGGUGUGUGGGUGUGUGUGUUUGUUUUUUUUUUCACCAUCAUGUUUCUGAAGUGAAAAAGAGGUAUCUACUGUUUAUAGCAUUUUUGAUCGGUUGUUCAGCCUGUCUGUGAGGUUAAUUUUGUUUCAAUUGUUUUCCUUCUUAAUGCGUGUAAGCUUUGCAAUGACAAUUGUGCUUACAGAAAUUCCAUGAAUGUAUUUUUAAAUUCACAAAUGUAUGGAUGGCUUUAAUUCAGUUUAAAAGGAAGAAUCCAACCACCAUAAUACCUACAGCCAAAUAGUGCCUGAAACAUAGUCCCAGAGUAAUUUAUACCUAAACCACUGUUCUGUUAGACCAUUCAUUUUAACCUGUAAGUUAAAAACCUUGCUGUUCAUUGGUCUUGAACAUGUCCUAAUUUCUACUGUGCAAUACAAAUUGAAUGCUAUCACGCUCAUCAUCUUUAUUCUUCUUGUUAAACAUCAAUUUCAGACAAUCCUUUCAUUUUAGGCUUGAUCGUAAAGUGUCUCUCCUUUACAUAUUUUGUAAAGAACCCAAAUGGUGCUCUAGUAUAGUGAAGUGGCCCGGAGGUUGCAGGGCACAGUAGAUUUUACUUAUUUGAAGUCAUCCUUCACAGUGGUUGCCAUAUUGAUCCAGGGCAUCCUCUUCACCUCCUGGAUAUGCAAGACUACAAAACCGAUUACUAUGAAGGAUUCUGCCAUUUUCCUUACAGCCAUCACUAGUGAUGGUUGGGGGAGUUGACAAAACUUAACUGUGAUAACCAUGGGCGUCCGCAGGAAUUUUUCCGGGGUGGGGAGCGGCAUAAUUGUAAUGACAUCCAUGCUUGGCCCCUUUUUGACAGUGUCAUCAAAGGGAAGGAGCAUAGUCAUUUUCACAUAAAGCCAGGGUGAAUAGCUUUUUACAACUAUGGUGUCAGGAAUAUAUGUUUGUAUUCCUGACACUAUAGUGUUCCUUUAAUGCUAUGAUGCAAGGAGGCCCCUGGGCGCUCUCUUUCCUUUAAGAGGUGAUACCACUCUCAAAUGGCUUACCCCCAAAGGCUUCCUCUAGCUCCAGAUCUCAAGGUUGCUCAGUGGUAUUCAGCUUCUUAAACGGAGUGUCAGGAAGUGCAGAUUGACGUCAGGCAUGGGUGCCGCUGAUUGGCUAGAGUGGUCAGCUGACGCUCUAAGCCAAUUGCUAGCUCCCGAUUCAUAAAAAAAGUCUAAAUUUUUAUGAAUGGGGAGCUACUGAUUGGCUUAGAGUGCCAGCUGACCCUCUAGCCAAUUAGCAGCACCCCUACCCAGAGGCCCUCAGUAAAUUAAAGUGAACACAUUAACAUGUAUUUAUUUUUUUUAAUUUUUUUUUUUACCUGGGGACAUGAGAAGGUCCAAAGUUUCCCUGCCAGGCCCAGGUACCAAAGCCUUAUGAUGUGGUGUCCAGAAUGAAGUGCUCCAAUCUCAUUUUCUUCUCCUUCAUUUGACAGUCUUUUUCUUAUGAGGCUCCUUCUGCAGAGGCGGCUCUAGACUUUAUGAGGCCUUACGUGAAACUCAAACAUUAGGCCCCACUAGCAAAAAAGGGAAAAUACAUACACACUGUCACAUAUACACAUUGAUGCACAGUUUACCUGUGAGUGUGUGUGUGUUUCUGUGAGCAUGUUUGCCUUUUUGUCUGGUACCCUGUGUGUAUGGGGUAGCUGCUUUUAGAGGCGGGUGAGGGAGGGGGUGAGGUGGGGGUGAUGCUGAGGGAGUGAUGGUGAGGGGAGUAAUGCUGAGGGUCAGGGGGGUGAUAUUGAGGGGGUGAUGCUGAGGAACGUGAUUAUGAUGAGGGGGUAAUGCUGAGGGUGGUGGGGGUGAUGCUGAGGGUGGUGAGGGGGUAAUAGUGCCCCCCAUCCCUCACUUACCUGCUCUGUAGGCUGCCUCUGUGCUGCUCCCCUGCGGUUUCAGUCAUGAGCGAGAGGUAGGGAUAAGCUGCAGCUUCCUGCCUUUUAACAUCCUCAGCGCCACCUACUGACCGGCGCCUGUAUUGCAGUGUGUUCUCACACAAACCUGAAGAAUCUGGGGGGGGGGGUGGGCAAGUGCCCCCUCUUGCCCCCCCCCCUGCCGACGCCCAUGGUGAUAACUCUACCUAUUGUCAAGUGAUGGGUAAACACAAAGGAGUCCCUGCUUUAUCAUAAUAUAUCUUUUUGGAUUUUAGUGAAAUUCCAACAGUCUGUGAAUAUUUCAUGAAGAAUUUGUUUAUAAAAGUAUCAACUUUGCAGGUGGGUGAUGUCUUACUGCUCAAUUCGUGCCUCUGCAGUCUUACUGCUCAGUUUUUGUCAUUUAGGGCUUAAAUUUUGUUUAUGCAGCUCUAGCUACGCAUCACCUGCAUGUCACCAACAGUCUCCCUACACAUUUCCUGCUAAAUGGUAAUUAAAUUUAAUUGGCCUUUGUGGCAAACCUAGCCACUUCUGUCUGUAAAAGACUGAGUUGGUUCGACUCUUUCUACGAGCGAUAUUUCUGUAUUCUGUUCGUGAGUCGAACCAACUACCGACAGAGGAGACCACCCAGUGGAGUCGUGUGUCUCCAAUUAAGGAUUGCAACACUUGAAAACCGCAAAGUUCCAAAUGAUCAUAUGGGUGGCCGCCGUUCGUAUAAACAAACAUGUGGCGAUGGCCAUCUUUGCGCACAAACGCCCAGCUGUGUUUUGUCGUUGAGUGCAUGGAACUAAAAUCAACACCACUGGACUUCCAUCCUGUUCCUACGUGCGUUUCCUUUCGUCAAAAUAGAGCAGCAUUCGACUAAAUGAAACUGUCACGUAUUCAUCCGCUUAUAGAAAUGUGGUUAAUGACAUUUACUGUCCACACAGGAAAAGUUGUGCCGAGCAGCAAUCCACAGAAGGGUUAAUGCUGAGCAGCAAUUAUGCAAAUGAAACCUGGUAACUGCCUUUGGGGUCAAAGGCCAGUUACAGCCUAUCAGAAAGAAAGGAGGGGUAUUUAGGCCCAGUUGUCAGCCUGCUCAGUGCCCUGUCGUGGUUUCCCUUGUGGUUGUCCGAGAGCGCGUUCCUGUUUAUAGUUUUCUACCUGGUUUUUGACUUUGGCUUUGUUUAUUGACUUCUCUAUAUUCUGGUAUCCUGACUCCUGGCUUUCCUCAUCGCUGUGUCCCUUUCUGUGUUCCCUGACCUCGGCUAGUAUUUUUGACUAUUCUUUGUAUGUUAAAUCCGGCCAUUCUAAGGACCAGUAAUACGUUACUUAUUUGUCAUCUGUGCUGUACAGUUCUACGUGCUGGAUCAAACAGUAAUCCUGACACUAACAGACACAUAACUACCCAGUUUCUGAACGUUUACAUUCGUUAGUUUGUUAGUGAGAACUCUCGAAAGAAAGACCGGUCAAAAUAGUCAAUCGCAUGGAACUUUUUGGGGGCAGCACCUCGUGGCUGACCGGUCCAAAACUUCACUUGAAUGGCUUUCCUGUUCUACCGAAUGGAUCUGAGCGGUAUUUCGACAGAUUGGGCGCUCAGAUCACUGCUAUUCAGAGAAGUGGUGUUCUGUUUAAUAUUAUGGGAGUUAUGAUGUUUUGAAAUAUUGUUUAAUGUUCUGUACUUAAUAGAUAAUCUAAUUUAAAGAAUUGUUCUUACACAAUUAUCUUCCAAGUACAGAAAAGAAUCAUGUGGAAAUAUGGCUUUGUUCCCAGUCCUCCAAGGUCCACCAGGAGGAAACCCCUGGAAUGUCAUUAAAGAAACCUCUUUGCAUGGGGAAUCGCAUAAAAGCCAGCUGUGGCUCAAUAAAAAUCAGUUGACUCCCAAAGCUGUUUUGUCCAGUUGGGGAAUGGGAUUGGAAUUACUACACUACACUACACUUCAUUUGCAUGCUGAUCAAGUCUACUAGCGGAGAUAUUGCAGUUCACACUCUCACUCUGCUACAGCCUUUCUUAUCUCCUGCUCUGUUAAUAACCUGCUAGAACCGACAGGACCUUCUUUGUGUGAAUUAAUUUUCAAUUAACAGAGAAGGGGGUAAAGAAUUCUAAAGUGAACACACUGUUCAUAGAAAAUGGGGGGAAAAAAACUUUCAUGUUGAAUGUGACAGUCAGAGCAAGGGGGGUGUGGCUAGGGCUUCAUAAACAAGUGAUUUAAUGGGAAACUAUAGUCACCAGAAACACUGCAGCUUAAUGUAGUGGUUCUGGUUUCUAUAGCCAGCCCCUACAGGCUUUUCAAUGUGAAGACUGCCUUUUCAGAUAAAAAGCAGUGUUGGCAUUGCUGUCUCUAGUAGCAGUCAUGUAGUAUACCACCUGAGGUGCUUUUUAGUCCAAUACUGCACACUGUGCAGUACCUACAUUCAGCAUCUCCAUGCUCUGCAUGGAGGUUCUAAAUGUUUCCCAUUGAGAUGCAUUGCCUAAGGGAAAGAUCUUCAAGUAUGACUUCAGCCAUGUAGGGGGGAGGGGGUUGGGACAAGCUCUCAAGAUUUGUGUUGUCCACGCUCCCCUUAACGUGGUUCUUGCUUCUCCAGUGUGUUCCUCUCAGAUGAGUCAAGUUCUUAUCUCCUACAUUCCCCAAUAAGUCACGCUGGCACAAUGGGCCAAUGUGAAAUCAGGAAAAUAAAUAUCUGUCCUUUUACAGGGAUAGACCCCACUUUCGGAGCACAUUCUGUCAGGGAUUCGGCUGAAUCCUCCGCCUUGUUCUCAGGAUCAUUCCUUUUGGAUAUCUUUCACUCAGCAAAUUGGUCUUGAGAGGACACCAUCUGAAUUUUUGUCUCCUCUUAGAGUGUUAAAACUGCAAAUGUGAGCCUCCUGUAAUGUCAUAAAAUUGAAGACUAUUCUAGCUUUUAGUGACACAUUUAUCAUCAGUUUAAUAUAUUUUUUUUUUUUUUUUUAGAUCCCCUCCUGUUCUUUACAUGUCUAGUAUGAUGAUCCUGACUGUAUAUGUUUUCAUUAAUGAUUUACUCAAAUUCCUGUAUUUGCUGUUAUGAUACAAUUAUAGUGUGUGUGUGUACACACCUGCAACUGUAUUGCUCUAGUUAAAGCGGCACUGUUUUUAAAAAAUUUUUUAUUUAUUUAUUUAUUUAUUUUUUUAAAAUACCUGUCUCCACUCCAUCUAACUGACCCCCCUAGUCACCCCCUAGAGUUUGUAUUUUUUUUUAUUUUAAUAAACAUGCCCCUACUCACGGUAAAGAAAAGUAGAGCCGACAGGAAGAAAUGAAGAACAGAUCCUGAGAGAGGGAGAGAAGAGGAAUCGAUUUAAAGAAAGGUAAGUUCGGCAUGACAGUGUCGCUUUAAGUGAAGUUUGCGUUUUUGUUUGUUUGUUUUUUUUUUUUUUUUAGUAUAUUAUAUUUGGAGUUGGUAUUAAUCUACUAGGUACACAUUUAGCUUAAAGGAGCUAUUCUGGUAUACCUAGAGCAACACACACGAAAGAGGGAGACAGACUAGCACUAGACCGCUCAAACUAGAAGAUAGGGAUUCACCAAAAACUUAUAGAGAAAACAUAUAAAAUCACCUUAAAAAUAAAGUGAAUGGACUCCCGGAGCUGGCUAGUGACUGAUGGCCGAAUGUGUGAUAAAACCUAAUAGGUAUUAAAACAGUGAAAAGUGGAAAAUACAAAAAAGAGAGAGAGGGGGAAGAGUGAAUAAGAUAUGGGGCAAUCAAGAAUAGAAAUCCAAUAAAUGAAGUGAAAGAAAAUAUGAACUGUACCUUUAUAGUGUAGUGAUAGAUAAUACAAAGUAUGUGAUAGAAAGAAAAAUGAAAAAUAAAGUUGUACUAUAGGUGAAUGAUAAAGAGACCUGGACAACUACAAAAUAGAUGUAGAUAAAAAGUGACCACAAAGGUGAAAACAGAAAUACAGAUAAACCGCAAAAACAAAUUCUUUGAAGGCAAAUGUGCAACUCAGGUACCUCAAUCCCCAACAAAAAUGAGGGGUAGAUCGUAUCUGUUUCAGAUUAAUAUACUUUGUAUUGACAAAGACCACAAAAAUGAAAAGUAGCAAAAUCAAAUUGUCAAGCGUUACAGUAUAUAGAACUGUAAGCUUAAAUACUUAGUAUAAUAAUGAGCUGAAGCAACGAAAACUGAAUGAGUUAGCAAAAACAGUCCAGUUUAUUCAACAUAAAAAUAUAUAUAUAUAUAUAUAUAUAUAUAUAUAUAUAUAUAUAUAUAUAUAUAUAUAUAUAUAUAUAUAUAUAUAUAUAUAUAUAUAUAUAUAAAAAUCACUAAAUAUAUGUAAAAGAAUGUUCAUGGAUGCAUUACCAGGCUUAAAAUCACCAAGGACCUUCGGAUUACAGGAGGAUGGAUCUGGAUAUUCUUUGGAAGUUUUGUUGAUAUUAUUCAGGCUACCAGUGAGGACGGCGUGUUGCUGAGCGCACGCUCCGAACAAGAGCCUCACUCUCGGUAUCGUGCCGAACAGACGGUGCCGGUCGCUAGUGUUCCCAAAGGUCCUGCUUGAAAGGUGGAACUGCCGCUGGUAGAUGCAAUCAGAAUCUUCCUUUGGAGAAUUGCCUAACGCGUUUCGUAGGGGAUGUGCCUACUUCAUCAGAGGCAUGCUAACAUCCAUUGCUUCAGACAUGUCUUAAAUACCCACAGGGUCAAUUAUCAAACAAUAAUAAAAUAUAUAAUACAGUAAUCAUACAUUGUGAAGUGGUAUACAAAAAAUAAAACAUAAAGGAUAAACAUGGUACAAUAAAUCAAAGUAUAAUUUGAUACAAUUACUUAAAACAUUUGUUUGUAGUUUGUGUGAAAUCAUAAUCUAAUGAUGUGGAUUUGAAUUAGCCAUACACAUGUCGAAAAAGGAAGAAUGUAUCAGAGAAGGUGUUGAAGGACAAUAAAGUGUGUGUGUGUGUGUGUGUGUGUGUAUAUAUAUAUAUAUAUAUAUAUAUAUAUAUAUAUAUAUAUAUAUAUAUAUAUAUAUAUAUAUAUAUAUAUAUAUAUAUAUAUAUAUCUAUAUCUCAUAGCAUUUGAAUAGAGACAUAAUUAUAUUAAAUCUACAUAUAUAUAUGAAGUAAUAUAGUACAUGAUUAUAUGUAAAUAUCAGUAGUGAAAAUAUGAAGUAUAAAAUACUGGUGCUAAAUUAGUAGAUAUGAAACUGGUAAUAUGACCUUAUUAUAGGUGUAUAUGUUAAGAGGGGAUGGCUAGAGUGGAUAAUAAGCGAUAAUGGCACCUGGUGUUCCUUGGUGGUAUAACUUAAAAUGUUAAUAUAUAUGAAAAUAUACAUAAAUAUACGAAGAAUGUAUAAAAUGUACUCCAUGUAUACAAUAUACUGCAUAAAUAGGACAUGGUAUAUACAAAUACAUAUAACUAUGUAUAUAAAAGCAUAAAUAUAAAGGUAAUAUAUGUUGGACUUUCCCAUUCCGUUCGGUAAUAAAACAGAGUAAUUAGUGACAUGGUUAAAUAAAACUUACCUUUCACCUUUGUGGUCACUUUUUAUCUCUAUUUUUAUCUACAUCGAUUUUGUAGUUGUCCAGGUCUCUUUAUCCUUCACCUAUAAUACAACUUUAUUUUUCAUUUUUUCUUUCUAUCACAUACUUUGUAUUAUCUAUCACUUCACUUUAAAGGUACAGUACAUAUUUUUUCUUUCACUUCAUUUAUUGGAUUUCUAUACUUGAUUGUCCCAUAUCUUACUGUUUUAACACAUUUAGCGUACCUGCUGGUGUGUAGUGUGUUGCGUAUUUUUUUUUUAUUUUUUUUUUGUUCUUUGGACUAUAUCUCCGUUUCCACUUGCCCACGACAAAGAAAGAGGAAGUGAUCUUUCUGACACUUUUAUUGACCUCUCUUUGUUUUGAUUGGUUGUUUUGUUACUGUUAAUUUUUGCUGCUAAAUGGAGGUGCAGUAAAGAAAGAAUGCAACUAUAAGCCUCAUGUCGUCAUUAAAACUAAGCUUAUGUUGUCACUAAAAGCUAGAAUAAUCUACAAUUUGGCUUAAUUUAAAAAUCACUAAAACAAUAGCACAUGUACAAAACGUUUUAAAAAGGACAAACAAAAGUGAUUAGGCUAGAAACAAUUAACACAUGUAAGCAUAUACACAGCCUACCAGAGCGAGACACAAGGCACAAAAACAAAAAAACAAAAGCAUGCUUGGGUGCAUUUCUCAAGAGAAGGGAAAAAGGAAUGCAGACAGGAGCAUCUUUCUUGUUAUAAUAUUCAAAAAUUGUUCAACACCAUAACCCCUUUAAAGGGACGAUAUAGUCACCAGAACAACUACAGCUUGAUGUAGUUGUUCUGGUGUACAGGGAGUGCAGAAUUAUUAGGCAAAUGAGUAUUUUGACCACAUCAUCCUCUUUAUGCAUGUUGUCUUACUCCAAGCUGUAUAGGCUCGAAAGCCUACUACCAAUUAAGCAUAUUAGGUGAUGUGCAUCUCUGUAAUGAGAAGGGGUGUGGUCUAAUGACAUCAACACCCUAUAUCAGGUGUGCAUAAUUAUUAGGCAACUUCCUUUCCUUUGGCAAAAUGGGUCAAAGAAGGACUUGACAGGCUCAGAAAAGUCAAAAAUAGUGAGAUAUCUUGCAGAGGGAUGCAGCACUCUUAAAAUUGCAAAGCUUCUGAAGCGUGAUCAUCGAACAAUCAAGCGUUUCAUUCAAAAUAGUCAACAGGGUCGCAAGAAGCGUGUGGAAAAACCAAGGCCCAAAAUAACUGCCCAUGAACUGAGAAAAGUCAAGCGUGCAGCUGCCACGAUGCCACUUGCCACCAGUUUGGCCAUAUUUCAGAGCUGCAACAUCACUGGAGUGCCCAAAAGCACAAGGUGUGCAAUACUCAGAGACAUGGCCAAGGUAAGAAAGGCUGAAAGACGACCACCACUGAACAAGACACACAAGCUGAAACGUGAAGACUGGGCCAAGAAAUCUCAAGACUGAUUUUUCUAAGGUUUUAUGGACUGAUGAAAUGAGAGUGAGUCUUGAUGGGCCCGUGGCUGGAUUGGUAAAGGGCAGAGAGCUCCAGUCCGACUCAGACGCCAGCAAGGUGGAGGUGGAGUACUGGUUUGGGCUGGUAUCAUCAAAGAUGAGCUUGUGGGGCCUUUUCGGGUUGAGGAUGGAGUCAAGCUCAACUCCCAGUCCUACUGCCAGUUCCUGGAAGACACCUUCUUCAAGCAGUGGUACAGGAAGAAGUCUGCAUCCUUCAAGAAAAACAUGAUUUUCAUGCAGGACAAUGCUCCAUCACACGCGUCCAAGUACUCCACAGCGUGGCUGGCAAGAAAGGGUAUAAAAGAAGAAAAUCUAAUGACAUGGCCUCCUUGUUCACCUGAUCUGAACCCCAUUGAGAACCUGUGGUCCAUCAUCAAAUGUGAGAUUUACAAGGAGGGAAAACAGUACACCUCUCUGAACAGUGUCUGGGAGGCUGUGGUUGCUGCUGCACGCAAUGUUGAUGGUGAACAGAUCAAAACACUGACAGAAUCCAUGGAUGGCAGGCUUUUGAGUGUCCUUGCAAAGAAAGGUGGCUAUAUUGGUCACUGAUUUGUUUUUGUUUUGUUUUUGAAUGUCAGAAAUGUAUAUUUGUGAAUGUUGAGAUGUUAUAUUGGUUUCACUGGUAAUAAUAAAUAAUUGAAAUGGGUAUAUAUUUGUUUUUUGUUAAGUUGCCUAAUAAUUAUGCACAGUAAUAGUCACCUGCACACACAGAUAUCCCCCUAACAUAGCUAAAACUAAAAACAAACUAAAAACUACUUCCAAAAAUAUUCAGCUUUGAUAUUAAUGAGUUUUUUUGGGUUCAUUGAGAACAUGGUUGUUGUUCAAUAAUAAAAUUAAUCCUCAAAAAUACAACUUGCCUAAUAAUUCUGCACUCCCUGUAUAUAGCCUGACCCUGACUGCUUUUUAUUUCUAUAUAAAUGUAGACACUGCCUUUUCGUUGAAUACUCGCCUCUUUUGUCUCAAGUGUCAUGCUUGGCCUUAUCGCCAUCAUUUUUGACAAUUUCCACCAAUCCAAUGCUUUCCCAUAGGAAAGCAUUGGGAGGCUAUUGCACAUGCACAGUAAAAUGCUGCGCCAGUCAGCAUCUACUCAUAGAAAUGUAUUGAAUCAGUGCAUCUCUAUAGGGAGCUCGGCAGCACUAAUGCAGGAAGCACCUUUAAUGGCAGACUUGGUGACUGCCACUAAAGGUGUUACUUGGCAGCAAUGUCAACACUUUUUCUAUUAAGUAUAAGUUUUUCUAUAAGUUUAUGUAUAUUAUCUUCCUGGAGAGCAGAAGGGCUGCUUGUGGGAGGUCUUUUCUGUUUUCUGUUGGUAGUCAAUUCAGAAGAAUUGAUUGCCAGAUGGAAGAAAAAAAAAUUCCCAAGCUAUACAUUUGUGAGAAAAUCUGUUAGCACAAUGUAUAUAGAAUUUAAUACUCGAGAGUGUUAGUUGUACCUAGCAUGACAGGUACUCUUAAAUUUAGGUAUUUAAAAGGAGAAUGGUUACUUCUCAGGAUUUUAGUGUGUUUUGGAUUUCUACAUUUAAAUUAAAAAUUUUCACAACUGCUUAUCCUACAAAUUGGUGCCUCCAUCUUUAUCAAGCAUUGUUAGAAGCACUUUCCUGGGCACCUCGUCAAAAAUAGAGAGAAUACAGAUACUUGCAAUUCAUUAAAUUGUAUUUUGGUUUUGUGCAAUGGAACAGGUUUAUCAUUCUUUAUACCACUUAAAAAAUAAAUAAUUUUAAAUUUGACAAUUUUUAUUGCAUGUAUAUUGAGUAAUACCAGUCAUACAAUGGACAUUACAAGCGUUUAAAUGGUCUCAUGUAAACAGAAAUAUUUUAUACAUGCACUAGGUACUACAUACUCGGUGUGCAACAAUUGUACAUGAGUUGAGUACCUGAAUGUCCUAUUUAAUCACUGUUCAACCUGGUGACAUGCAUUUUAUUUGAUAAGGUGAAUAAAAAAAACCCAUAAAACAUGUCUGCCAGACGACCACUAAAGUGCUUCACUUAUGUUCAGUGUCUCCAAGCUCUGUAUGGAGGCGCUGAAUUUUCCUAUAGAGAUGUUUGACUGGCAUGGUGUUUUGCCACACAUGCACAAUAGCUUCCCAAUACUUUCCUAUGAGAAAGCAUUGGGUUGGCUGAGGUCAUAAAGCUUGAUUAUCUCAGCCAGAGAGGUAGGGUCAUAUCCGCAGGAAGACCGGCACGGCGUCUGGGGGAAAAAAGGUGAGCAAGAAUACCAUUCUAAUGCAAUUGGAGGGGGUGCUAGUCACCUAAACACAUAGGCGCGCGCGCACACACAUUUUGUUAUGAUUCAAUUUAAGUUGACCCUGCCUUUGGGAGUGAUGGAGUGGAUCGGCUUUUCCUGGGGUCAAGUGGGUGGCCGGCAGGGGGGGGGGGGGGGGAGGAGAGGGGGCUAUGAUCUUCCUGCUCUGCUCCCUUGCGUGUUGCUACGACCGGUGUGAUGUCCUAUUCUGGCCCCAGCAUCACGAAGCGUAGCGUGAAAGAACAGAGCAGGAAGAUCACAGCUCCCUCGCUGCCUGCAUACAAUCCGUGAAGCCGGCCGCCUGCUUCUGAGGUAACUGGAUCACAAAUCCCAGGAGCCAGGACAAAAUUACUGAAUCCUGAUCAUCAUAGGUCGGUGGAGGAAGAAGCCCUCCUGGUAUCCAGAGGUGUCUACUGUGGACUACUAUUCCUGGGGACAAAGCACAUUUGCACAUCUUGAUUUGUUCAGUUGUGUCACUAUUUUUGUGAGCGUUCAUUUUUCUAGUUUUUAACCAUUUGUGUUUUUAUUAAAGUUUUCUUUUUCAUAUAAAUGUUAUGCUUUUCUUAACAUUAUGGUAACUAUAUCCUCAUCCUUUGACAGUGGCACCCUGUACUGUAUUUUCACUCUGGUUUUAUACAGUUGUUCUGCACUUGGAUUUUGGAGGGAUUAAGGGAGUGACCCCGUUUUCAGUGGCCUGCCUGCACAAUUUUGCACCUUUUUUAAUCUCUCACCUGUUAUUUGACAAAAUUCCAAGUCUCUUUGGCGACCUGGCCCCGGGAUAUUUUGAGCCCUACACCAUACUACAGAUAACUUCAGUUUGUCAGAUACAACAGAACUUGCCACAUCUUCUAUCACUGGUCUCCACUUCCCUCACAACAUGAAGCUCAGCGUAUCUAUAUGGCCAGGACUCGUAAUGUUUAAAAUGUUACAUUCCUCCCUCAUAUGAAUUUUUAGAUCAUUGCAUAAAUAACCAUUUUGGCAAUUUUACUAUUUCCUACCUAGUUCACAUAUAUAACUAUCCUCCCCCCUCAAUUGCUCUCACCCUGUUUCCAACUUUUAUUAGACAUAUAUUGUAGUUGUCAUAAAUUCUGCUUGGAUAUGGAAUGCACACCUGGCUGUCUGUUGACCAUUCUAGUUACAUAGCACGUACUUUUUCUGUGUAAUUGUUCUCCUUUAUGUUGGUCCCCGAAGGUUCUUUAGAGAGGAGCAAUCUCUUUCCAAGGUUUUUAAUAUUGUUUCCCAUCAACUAUAUUCUUUGUGAAGUCUGAAAAUUUAAACUUAAAUUUAGAAAUCCACAGUACUGUAUUUGCAUCUAUUCUAGAACUUAGUGACUCAAAGCAUUAUAUGAAAAAGAUUAACAUACAUUAUUGGUGAUUUUAAGAGGUUUUAUAAAAUGGUGAUAUUGCCUGAGGGGAAAAAAUUUAACUCCCUUAUUUGUGUCUCUCUCUCUGUCUCUCUCUCUCUGUCUCUCUCUCUCUCUGUCUCUCUCUCUCUGUCUCUCUGUCUCUGUCUCUCUCUCUGUCUCUCUCUCUCUGUCUCUGUCUCUUUCUUUCCUUUCCCCUUUCCUUCCUUUCCCCUUUUCCUUUCCUUCCUUCCUUCCCCUCCCUCCCCCCCCCCCACACACUUUCUCCCCCAUUGGAGCUGGCCAGCUGAGGCAAUCUUCCUGCAGUUCCCCUCUGCUCCCUUGCUCGCUGUUUAGUGAUGCCAAAAUAUGUGAUCACUCUGGCUCAGAUCACUGCAGAGAAGCAAGAAGGGAAAGGAUCCACUCCAGCUCUCCCACAGUUAGGGAGACUGGGUGAAAUCAUUUUAAAAUAAUGUCAAUUUGCGAGUGUGUGUCUGUCUGUCUAUUUUUAAAUACCUGCCCCCUCCAAUUGCAUGUAGGUGGGGGUUUUUUUAUUCACUUUUUUUGUGUUUUCUCACAGCAUGCCGGUUUCGCUACAGCUGGGCUACAGCCAAUGCUUUCCCAUAGUCUGCAUCCCCUCACAGAGAUGCAUGGGGAACAUUUAUCCAUGUAGAGCAGGCUGCCCCAAACGCCGGCCCUCCAGAUGUUGUUGAAAUACUACUCCCAUGAUUCUAUGAAUGAAAUAGGCUGAGAAUCAUGGGAGUUGUAGUUCAGCAACAUCUGGUGGGCCGGAGUUUGGGGAAGUCUGAUGUAGAGCCUAGAGUCUCUGGUGUGGUUUUGCACUCUGUGCAGCACUGACCAAGGGCCCUCUAUUGGCUGUCUUAGUCUGUCACUAGACGUGUUACUAGGUAGCAAUGUAAACACUGCCUUUUCCCUGAAAAGGCAGUGUUUUCAUUGAAAAGCCUGUAGGGACAGAUUAGACACCUGAACUAUGUUAACCUCUUAAGGACACCGCUUCAGAAGCUUGUCUUACGCUUAAUGACACAAGAAGUUUUUGCAUUUUCUUUCUGUAUGCGUUCAACUGCAAUUUGCAUCUCUCUCGUUUAUUGCGCCAACACAUAUUAUAUACAGUUUUUUUAACCCCUUAAGGACACAACUUAUGGAAUAAAAGGCAAUCAUGACGGAAUAUUUCCGUCAUGUAUCCUUAAGGGGUUAAAGGACAGAAAGGGCUUUAAGUUGAUGUUUUAUUUAUAUAUAAUAUAUAUUUAAAAAAGGUGGAAAAAAAAAAAUUUUUGUACAGUUUUUGCAAUAAUGUGUGCCUAAUUAGUGCAGGUUAAAGAAAGUAAUUAAAAAUUAAUUUAGUUGUUCUGAUUUACAGAAUAUAUAAUGUGUCUGGGAUUUUAAUAAUUUUUUUUAUUUUUUUAUUUUUUUUUGUUAGUUACAGGUUACAAAGCACAAGGAGUAAAAUAAACUUUUAAUGUGGAGCAAUUUUAGAAUUUGGUAUGUUUGUCUUGUAAGCUUAAUAGCCAUAAAAGAAAACAAAAUUGCCACACAAAAGUAUAUAUUUAUAUAAAGUAGACAUCACAGGCUAUUUACUUAAGGUUGUUUUGACACUUUCUAUGUAGCCAUUUCACCACCAAUCUCUGCUAAAUAUUGGAGUAAAAUUUAGUUUUUGGGGGUUUUUGACACACAAACUUAUAUCAAAGAACUUCUCAUGUGUAUUUUGUAAAGUUGGUGUGCGCUAUUCCUGUACAAAGUUUUAUUUUGUGUUCAGUUACUUCUGCUCGGUACAACAAUACCCCCAUUGUAUGUCUUUGGCACUAUUUCGUGAAGCUACAGUGCCAUAUAGGUGACCUGUCCGUUUCAACAUUUACAGUAGCAUUUUGAGGCGGAUUUAAUGGGCCUAUGCUUCAAUUUGGGGUAUUAUAGCAGUUUGACUGUUCAAAAGAAAAACCCACAAAGGCCUACCAUUUGUAAAGGUAGACACUCCAGGGUAUCUUAUAAGGUGCAUAUUGUGCCUUAACAUGCCCCCAUUUUUCAACCAAUAUAUGCCAAAGUAUGUGGUAAAAAAUAAUUUUGGGCAUUUUUUACAUACAGAUUACAUUUUUGCUGGGCAUUUUGUACAUUUCAUAUGUGCCGCUAAGUCUUCGGAGUAACACAAUAUGCCCAAUGUAUGACCUAGACACUAUUUUUUGAAGUUACACUGCUGUAAAAGAGAUGUGACACGUUAAAGGACCACUCUAGGCACCCAGACCACUUCAGCUUAAUGAAGUGGUCUGGGUGCCAGGUCCAGCUAGGGCUAACCCAUUUUUUUAUAAACCUAGCAGUUUCAGAGAAACUGCUGUUUAUAAAUGGGUUAAUCCUUCCUCCAAUUCCUCUAGCGGCUGUCUCAUUGACAGACGCUAGAGGCGCUUGCGUGAUUCUCAAUGUGAAAAUCACAGUGAGAAGACGCAAGCGUCCAUAGGAAAGCAUUGCAAAUGCUUUCCUAUGAGACCGGCUGAAUGCGCGCGCACAUUCAGCCGAAUGGGAGGAUCGGAGGAGGAGAGCUCCCCGCCCAGCGCUGGAGAAAGGCAAGUUUUAACCCCUUUCCAGAGCCGGGCGGGAGGGAGUCCCUGAGGGUGGGGGCACCCUCAGGGCACUAUAGUGGUCCUUUAAGGUUUUUAAGUGUGAAUUUUCAUGGAGGGUUUUGAUGCGUCUGUGUCCCACUUUGGAGCACUUGAGCAGGCUACAUAUUAAAACUACACCAUAAAGGCAUACCAUUUAUUAAAGAACACAUCCCAGGGUAUUUCAAAAGGCAUAUUUUGAACCUUAGCGUGGGAUCAUUUUUCCGCUAGCUUGUACCAAGUGUAGUGGUAAUAAACGUUUUUUUGCCUUUUUGACAUACAGUGAGUUUGCACAGUAUAUUUUGCAAAUUGUAUGUGUUCUACGACUGUAUAAUACUUCAUAUGUGGCUCAGCUAUGUCGGCUGAGUACAGCAAUACCCCCGUAUGUACUUUUGCCAGGUAUAUGUGGACAUCGGAGGGGCACAUUUGGGACACAGCCAUUCCAGUUCUUUUCAAACUUUAACUUUUUACAAUGUGCCCAUGUCGCAUUUUAGAGUAUUUUACCAGAUUAUAUAAUCCAAAUAACCCAUAAAGCCAUACCAAUUCUUAGAGAAGACAUCCCAGGGUAUUUUAAAAGGCCUAUUUUGAACCUUAGCGUGGGAUCAUUUUUCCGCUAGCUUGUACAAGUGUAGUGGUAAUAAGCAUUUUUUCUGCCUUUUUGACACACAAAGUGAGUUUGCGCAUUAUAUUUUGCAAACCUUAUGUGAACUACGACUGUAUACUACUUCAUAUGUUGCUCAGCUAUGUCGGCUGAGUACAGCAAUACCCCCAUAUGUACCUUUGCCAGGUAUAUGUGGACAUUGAAGGGGCACAUUUGAGACACAGCCAUUCCAGUUUUUCUCAAAUUUUGAAUUUUUACGUUGUGUCCAUGCCCCAUUUUAGAGUAUUUUACAAGGCUAUAUAAUCCAAUUACACCAUAAAGGCAUACCAUUUCUUAAAGAAGACAUCCCAGGGUAAUUCAAAAGGCAUAUUUUGAACCUUAGCGUGGGAUCAUUUUUCCGCUAGCUUGUACCAAGUGUAGUGGUAAUGAGCAUUUUUUUAUUUUAUUUUUUACUUUGUAAAACCAGUUUUAAAACUUUUUUUAUUUUUUUACUUAUUAAAUGUUUUACACUUUUAAAUUUUUUUUCUAAACUUUUUUCUUUUACCACUAACCCCUAACUAGCAGUAAGCAGCACUAACAGUAAAUUCCCCCCUUCCCCACAACUCCCACCCACUCCAGCUAGCAAAUAUAUAUAGAAUUAUAAAAUAUUUAAUUAAAUAAAUUGAACCCCUGAGGGUUAAAAAAUAAAUAAAAGCUAAUCCUCAGGGGUUAAAAGAAAUGAGAUCACAGUAUAAUACUGUGAUCUGUAUUUUGAUCACUGUAGGUAGUGAUCAGCUGGCAGGGAAGGGGUUAAUUUUUAUUUAGACUGGGUAAAGGGGGAGGUUUUUCUUGUUUUUGUUUUUACUUAAACGUUACUAAAACAUUUUUUAAAAAAACUUUUUACCUUUUUAAAGCUUAUUUUAAAACUUUUUUAACGUUAACCCCUAGUUAGCCUAACACCAAAUUCCCCAAUAUCCCACUAACGUCCACCCAUCCCAGCUAGCUAAAUAUAUAAUUUUUAAAUAUUUAAAUUAAUAAAAUUUAACCCCUGGGGGUUAAAAAAAAAAAAAAAAAUCAGAUGAUUAAAAUGUAUACCCUGCCAAUUGAUCACUGUAGUCAGUGAUCAAUUGUCAGGGAAGGGGUUAAUUUUAGUAAAGCAGGGGAAAGGGGGGGGUGGGAUUUUAAUUUUUUUUUUUUUACACAAGGAGAAGAGGAUCAGCUCUGAUCCGUCUUCCUGCACUUCACACAGAACCUGGAAGUGCAGGGAGGCGGAAGGUAAGUACACUGAGCACAUGUCAGAGAGAGCACCGGUGCUGGGGCAGCCUGAUCGGGUGCUCCCGGUCUGCCGCAAUCGCGGCGAUAUGGGGUUAACUUUAGUAAAUGAUGGAAAUUUUCCGUCAACGGUCCUUAACUGAAGGACCCUAUAAGAAUUGCGUUUUUAACUUUGAAAGUGAAAAAAAAAAAAUUUGUAGACAUUUUAGCUGUAAAUGUCAUAAUACCAUUAGCUUUAACUGCAAAAAAAAAAACCCACAUAUUUGGAUUCAGCAAAUUCUCACAUUCUCCCAUUAACAGUUUUUACGUUUUUUUGGGAAGUUAAAGGGUCAAAUAUAGCACAUUCCAUUUUUCAGUUUUUUCAAAUUAAAAUUAGCCAGGUUGGUUAUGUUGCCUUUUGAGAUCGUGUGGUAGCCCAGGAAUGAGAUUUACCCCCAUGAUGGCAUACCCUUUGCAAAAGUAGACAACCCAAGGUAUUGCAAGUGGGGUAUGUUUAGUCUUUUUUAGUAGCCACUUAGUCACAAACACUGGCCAAAGUUAGCGUUCAUAUUUGUUUUUGUGUUAAAAAAGCAAAAAACAAAUAUUUGGCUAGUGUGUGUGUGUGUGUGUGUGUGUGUGUGUGUGUAUAUAUAUGUAUAUGUGUAUGUGUGUGUGUUUAUUUAAAUUCUACGUGUAUACUUAUGUAAUAUAUAUAUAUAUAUUAAAAUACACUUAGAAUGAUAUAUAUAUAUAUAUAUAUCAUUCUAAGUGUAUUUUAUUACAUAUAUAUAUAUAUUAAUAACAAAAUACAGUUAGAAUGAGAUUAAAUAUGUAUAUAUAAUUUAAACUUUUAAAAAAACAUUUUAUUUAUUUUAUUGAUUUACUAUUGUAAAUAUGUGUAUAUUAUGUCAUUCUAUGUCAAUUAUGUGUAUAUUAUGUCAUUUUAAGAUAAUUACAUGUACUUAUAUUAACAUUAAAAUACAUUACGUAUUAUGUGAUAUAUAUUAUUAUUUUAAAACCUGUUAAAUAAUUUUAUUUUAAACUUCCCACCAGCAGGGGGACUGUCUGACAUUUCAGACAGUCCCCCUGCUGGCAGAUCCACAGCCAGCUAUAGGGGGCCAUGUGAUCUCUCUUUGAGAGCAAUCACAUGGCAUCCGGGGGCCUCAUUUGCCGGGGGAGGGCUGCCUGGGCUGUCAGGCAGUCCUCCCGAAGAGGAUCGCGGCAGAAGUGAGUACCGAGGACCUCCAGGGGCUGCAAGCCGUUACGGCGUUCUAUGCCGCCGCAACAGCUUUAACGCCCAUUUAAUGCGGGACGGCAUAGAACGCCGUAACGGCGUUAAGGACAUUAAUAAAACACAUUUUUCUUGAAGUGCUUUAUGGAAUUAGUUUCCCUUUAAAUGUUUUUUCUCUUUACAGCAGAAUAUAUUGCUGAUUUAGUAAUUAAUAGAUGGGUUCCUGUGUAGGUAGGUGGGGGGGGGGGGUGUGUGUGUGUCUUGUGCCUUGUUUAAUGCUUUGAAUGACUGCAGCACAGCCUGCGUUACAUAGUUUUUUGGGGGGGGUUUAGCGCGUGCCUUGUUUAACUGGCUUUGCUGUAGGUUGAUGCUGACCUGGCUCUGUAGAGAAUUGGUAGACAUGUAAUCACUGUCUGCCUAAUCGAUGAACUGAGUGCCCAAUGCUAAUGACCUCAUUCUUCCAUUUACUCCCUAUGAUCUAGCUAAGAUGAAUCUUUCUCCCAGCUGCUUAGCCUUCAAAACACAAUUCAGUGCUCUUUGUUUGAAAUAGGACUAUUUUAAUUGCAAGCAUGGGUGUAUGCUAGGUAUAAAAUGAAAUCUGACUUCCCCUUCUAUUUCAAGUCUUAUAGCCGUAACAUUAUUGACCAAAAUUACUGUUUAAAAUAAAAAAAAAGUGGGGGGGGGAGGGGUAAAACCCAUUUUGAAGAUGUUUUUGUCUUUUUGCCGGUGUGCAGAGUAAAUCGAUUUUGUGUUUCUAAUAAUAGAUAAUCACGGUGACUCCUGGAUUCCAUUUGAGUCACAGCUUCACAUUCCUGGGACUCGAACAUAUUUAGGAAAGUCAUUGCAGCGAUGCUCACUACCUCUGUAAAGCUGUGAUAUUAUACACCACUUUAAUGGCUGCUAUUAUUGCUUAUGGGAUGCAAGAGAUAUGUUUUUAAUUAUUUUCUUACUGGCUUGUAGAGCUGUAAUAUCUUAAUUCUAUUUGCUACAAAUUUUGUGCUCCAAGAAUAAUUGUCUCUAAGCAGACUAACGGGGUCUUUUUCUGGUUUGCAAAGUGGUGUUUUUUUUUGUUUGUUUUUGUUUUAAUAUUAAAACUUUAAAGGGACACUGUAGACCCCCAGACCACUUCAGCUCAUUGAUGUGGUCUGUGUGCAAUGUCCCAUGUACCUUAACCCUACAAUAGUAAUUAUUGCAGUACCAGACAGCCACUAGAGGGAUUUCUGGAAUUGAAACAAACCUUUGUCUGUUAUCUGAAGCUGGAUGCCCUCACGCUAUGCAUAAUGACCUCCAGCGUCAGAUUUUCCCCAUAGGAAGGCAUUGAAUGCUUUCCUAUGGAGAAAUCCUCGUGCGAGUGCGGCCAUUGCUGUGCAUGCGCAUUAGUUGUCUCCCCCGUUGGCAGGGGAGGAGCGUGGGUGGCGCUUGACCCAGCUCCGAGGCACAUCAGCGCUAGAUUCAGGUGAGUGACUGAAGGGGAGCACUGUAGGAUUCUACGUUGCCAGGAAAACAGAUUUGUUUUCCUGGCACUAGAGUCACAAGAACAACUACAGCUUCUUGUAGUUGUUUCGGUAUCUACAGCUGAUCCCUGUAGGCUUUUUAAAUGUAAACUCUGCCUUUUUAUGCAUUUCAAUGAGGAGAUGCUGAUUGGCGCAGUGUAGCGUUUUGCCUAGUAAACUAAUCUUAAUAAAACAUAACAAAGUUAUGUUAUAUUAAGAUUAGUUUACUAGGGUUUCCUUAACUAAAGGUUAGAUCUGGAAUACUCUAUACUUAUGUAUCCAUGACCUAACCUUUUUGUUGCUCUUUUUUGUAUUUGUGUUUACAACCUGACACACUCUCCUCCCCUUUAUCUUUAUGGCAUCUGUAGAGUUACAAUUUAAAGAAAUAUGGCCUUCGCAUCUGUUAAUGUGUUUUUUUUGUAUUUAUUUGAAGAGACGCCCAAUUUGUUCUUAGUCCAAUGAUGAGCUAAUAUACAAUUUGCCGGCUACUGGUAAAAGUGAAUAUUUUUGAAACUGUAUAUUAAUGUAUCUAAACAUGUCAUUAUAAUACUAAAGAAAGCAAACUGCUGGUUGUUGGUAGAAGAGAUACACAUUUCCAUUCAUGUUGAAAUAACAGAAUUAUGCAAACAAAACUGAACAUGAGUCAAAUCUGUUAUUUGGAUUCAGUUGCUGAAACGUGUCAGAUGUUUUCACUGCUCUUCAUUUAAUUCAAUUGAGUAGAAAAUCUUUAUAUAAACAGUUGUGCUUGUAGUAGUUGGUUGACUUGAAGGGAGCAAUUUAGUUCUGUUUUAAAGAGGAACAGUCAUCAAGAGCAAGGUGACACUUCCUUUUCUCACUCAUGUAACUGAUACUGAGAAGUAUGCCUUUAACACUUCACAGGGCUACCUUCUUCCAUCAUCCCUCAUAUUUCCACAGUUCCAUGGCAUGUACACAUCUACUUGCUGUGACCAGGGGAUCAUGUGAUAUGUAGCAGGAUGAUGCAAAUUCAAAGGCUGGAUAAUAUACUUUUUAACCAUUUGCAGUGUGGACCUACAUAAUUACAGUUCCUCAUUUGGAAUUGUAACGGUUGUGCUAUCGCCCUUAUUCAGAGCUCUUUACACAUUUGUAUUAUGGUUGAUGUCUUAACCCAUAUACUCCCAGUAUCAAGUAAAAUGCAUUGUUUUUAUUUACAUUGCAAAAAAAAAUGGUUGGUUAAGCGUAGUUUAUAAUCCAUAAAUAAUUACCAACCUUUCGGGAAAAAAAUUAAUCAUUUUUUGUCAGGAGCCACUGACUGCUCAUUUAAUGUCUUUAAGUAUGUUGGAAAUAUAUGCUUAUCCACUUCUUUCAAAUAGUAAAGGAAAUUUUACUAUUCCUACAGAUACUUGUGUGAGUGAAUGGCAGGGAUGUGGCAUCUACAUUGUCCAACGCCCAGGUGGAAGUAUUUUUUUAUGUUUUCUGUUUUUAAUCCUGCCAUGGGUGAGUGUCAGGGCUGCCUUGGAGGAGUGAUGAUGCUGGGCAGGAGUGUACCUCCUGCAGGAGAGGAGCCAGACUGGCCCACCUGGAAACGCCAGUGACUUUGCAGUUUGCUGGGGGCUCACAGAAUGGUGUGAGGAACAGAAGCGGCUAACUUCUCUUAACAUUGCUCAGGAGAAAUGGCCGCCAGCUUUGGUGUAGAAGAAUAUUACAGUUGUGUUAGUAAACCUGAUUUUGUGAUCUAUUUAUAGUUUUCAUCCAACUAACAUCAUUUCUGAAACUUUUUUUUUCUUUCUUUAUAACUAAUUAUUAAUGGUAACUAAGCACCAUCACAGCUUAGCAUGACUGCUGAGAUAAUUUUACUUCUAGCUAUUAACUCAGAGUGGCAUAAUAACCAAAACCUAAUGGCCUUGGAGGUUUUUCUUUUCAUAAGUUUGGUUAAGGUCUGAAGUCAAAAUUCUAAAUAAAUUAAAGAAUACUCAAAGCAGCAUAAUCACUAUAGCUCCUCCCCCCUCCACCAUUGUCCGGAGUCAAGCAAUUUUUGAACGGUUUGACUUCUUACCUGGAAUCUGUUUGGCACCACACCCACCUACCUCUUAAACUCCCAAGAGACUGGAGACCUGAAUCCUUAGUCUAAGAACCUAGAGGACCACAUCAAAAAUCUGAUAGGCAGGUUAAAUAUUCACUAAUCGAACAUUGGAGGCCUGCAUUGGAGGUCUUGGAUCAUUGGUUUAGAGUGAUUAGCUGACGCUCUCAGCCAAUGAGCUACCAAUGGGGAGGUGUUGGAGCCCUCAAGCUGUAGUGGUUAUGGUGCCUGGCGUGUUCCUUUAACACUUAAGUGGUCAACCAUGUGUUACAAAUUGGUAAACAAGUUUAGUUUAGUUUGAAUGCCAUGCAGACAAUAAGAUCCGGCUGUGUUGGUAUAACUUUAAUCACCUACACAAAAUACCACUACUACUUGUGCCUGAGGACCAGAUUUCAGAUUUUUUUUUUUUUUAAAUAAAAUCUUAAAUACUCACAUUAAAAACCAAGUCGACGUUUGUCAAGAAGCUUCAUUCAACCAUAAUAGUCUCUUUGAAGUACAUAAAAUCUUGCACUUGUCGCUAAUCCCUGUAAAAGGCAAUUAGCCUUCCAUAUGGUAUUGCUUUCCCCGACUUGUCAUUUUCUUCAGAUUGACCCUCCUCUCUCCCCUCCCCUACCCACUUUUCCUUGCCUUAUGGGAGGAACAAUAAUAUAAUGCUUACAGCUCCUAUCUCUUCUAUGUGCUAUCUUUUCUACCAUGCACUGCAUCUCAAUAUCUGUGUCGCCACUUCUGUUCUCCUCUGUGCAUGAUGUCUGCAGGUGGCCCUUCUGUGUGAUUAUUUUGACUGAUAGAUUGUGGAUAAAUUAACUUAGCAACAGAAAUAAUGUAAUGGAACUUGGCUUAAAGGAACACUUUUUUUUAGUAUUCGCAAGACAAAACUGUAUUCCUAGCACUAUAGUGUCCCUCUGCCUUACCCCUUCUGGAUGAUGAAAUGGUUUAAAAUCCCUUCACCCCUUCUCUUAUCUUAUUCCAGCAUCGAGGUCCCUCAGUGCUGGAUAGCUCUCCGCCACCUCUGAUGUUUGAAGGGGGACCUAAUGCGCAUGCUUUGUAAGUGCCAAAUGGGCAUUAGGCCUUUCUCAUAGGAAAGCAUUGAGUCCAUACAAAGCAGGAGGAUGUACAGUUUUGUUUCACUGAGCUAUGAAAGGCCAGGGAGCAUUGAGAGACUGCCACUAGAGGCAGUCUUAAUCCUGCAAUCUAAACAUUAGUUUCUCUAAAACUGCAAUGGUUAACAUUACAGGGUUAAAGGGACUGGGGCAUUGCACCCAGACCACUUCAAUGAGGGGAAAUGAGGAUUAAACAAUAGUUUUAAAGGGACACUAUAGUCACCUGAACAACUACAGCUUAAUGUAGUUGUUCAGGUGAGAUCUAUAGCUCCCUGCAGGCAAUCUAAUGUAAACACUGUAUUUUCAGAGAAAAUACACUGUUUACAUUGAUUGGAAUACCUCCAGUGACCGUCACUCAGACUACCACCAGAGGGGCUUCCUAUCAUGUAUGGCCCUAAAAAGGCCAUGUACACGUCAGACGUAUUAAAAUACAUCUGACGUGUGCAGGAGAGAGAAGGCACUGUGCGCACCUUCUCUCUCCUGCCUGUCAGCAGAGGAGAGGAGGUGGGCAAAGACCGUGAGCUGUCAGUCAGCUCAGCUUGCGGCCACGCACGUGGCCUAUAAAGUAGGUGUGGUGAAGCCGCGCAUGUGCACAAGGGAGCAAUGACACUUCUGAAUGGAAGCGUCUGAUUGCUCCCUGCUCGCGCCUGUCUAUUUCGUCAUUUUGCCGAAAUAGGGGGCGCGGCUUCACCAGGCUCCCGGCGCUGGAACGAGGGGAGUAAAAAGGGCUGCCUGGAGUGUCCCUUUAAUAAAGUUUCGCAAGUAAAUAUAUAUAAAAAAAAAAAGUUACACCCUCCGGUCUUUUCUUACUUACCCGGUCGCCGGCGAUCGCGGUUGGGGGGACCCCCAGGGAGCCCCCCGCGGCACGUCCGACCCCCUGGGAGCCCCCCAGCCAUGUGAGAGUGAGGUCCUUGCGAGGACCUCACAAUCACAUGGCCGGGAUAGCUGACUGCAGCAUUGCCAGCAGGGGGGCUGCCUGUAAUGACAGGUGGUCCCCCUGCUGGCUGGAAAUCAAAUGAAAUAAAAUUAAAAGUGUAAAAAAAAAAACAAAAAAAAAAUUAUAUACUUAGAUCAUAUAUAUAUAUUUUUUUUGUGUGUGUGUAUGUAUGUAUGUAUGUAUGUAUGUAUGUAUAUAUGUAUGUAUGUGUAUUGUGUAUGUGUAUAUAUAUAUAUAUAUAUAUAUAUAUAUAUAUAUAUAUAUAUAUAUAUAUAUAUAUAUAUAUAUAUAUAUAUAUAUAUAUAUAUAUGUGUGUAUAUAUAUAUAUAUAUAUAUAUAUAUAUAUAUAUAUAUAUAUAUAUAUAUAUAUAUAUACACACUGUCUAGGUGUAUUUUACUAAUAAAUAUAUAUAUAUAUAUAUAUAUAUAUAUAUAUAUCAAAUUACUCGUAGACUGAUACUGAUUAAAUAUAUAUUGUUAUAUAUAUUUAUAAUAUAAAAAAAUGUAAAUACGUUAAAUUAAAAAAAUAAAUAAUUAAAUAUAUAGAUGUUAUUUCGUUCUAACUGUAUUGUGAAAUUAAUAUCUAUAUAUAUUUUCUCAAAAUACACGUAGAACGAAAUAAAAUAUAUAUAUAUAUAUAUAUAUAUAUAUAUAUUUUAAUUCUACAUAUAUGUUUAUGUAAUAUUUUUACAUAAUUAGGUAUCUUAAUUAAUUACAAUUAGCGGGACCUGCCUGACAACCCAUGCCGAAAGUAAAGGGAAUUUAAUUUGCUAGCACUAUAUUUAACCCUAUAACUUUCCAAGACACCAUAAAACCUGUACAUGGGGGGUACUGUUCUACUCGGGAGACUUCGCUGAACACAAAUAUUAGUGUUUCAAAACAGUAAAAUGUAUUACAACGAUGAUAUCGCCAGUAAAAGUGACUUUUUUGCAUUUUUCACGCACAAACAGCAUUACACGGACAAUAUUAUUGCUAUGAUACUUUUUACUGUUUUGAAACACAAAUAUUUGUGUUCAGUGAAGUCUCCCGAGUACAACAGUACCCCUCAUGUACAGGUUUUAUGGUGUUUUCAAAAGUUACAGCGUCAAAUAUAAGGCUUGCGUUUCAUUUUUUUCACAUUAAAAUUCGCCAGAUUGGUUACGUUGCCUUUGAGACCCUAUGGUAGCCCAAGAAUGAAAAUUACCCCUGUGAUGGCAUACCAUUUGCAAUAGUAGACAACCCAAGGUAUUGCAAACGGGGUAUGUCCAGUCUUUUUUAGUAGCCACUUAGUCACAAACACUGGCCAAAAAUGUUGUUUUUUGCAUUUUUCACACACAAAUACUAACGCUAACUUUGGCCAGUGUUUGUGACCAAAUGGCUACUAAAAAAGACUGGACAUACACCAUUUGCAAUACCUUGGGUUGUCUACUAUUGCAAAUGGUAUGCCAUUAUGGGUGUAAAUUUCAUUCCUGGGUUACUAUACAGUCUCAAAGGCAACGUAACCAAUCUGGCGAAUUUCAAUUUCAAAUGUAACGUGCUAUAUUUGACCCUGUAACUUCCUAAAACGCUAUAAAACCUGUACAUAGGGGGUACUCUUUUACACAUGAGACAUUGCUGAAUACAAAUAUGUGUAUUUUAUUGUAGUAAAAGCAAACAGUAUUAUGACAUUGACAGUUAAAAUGUCAUGUAGAACUAAAAAAUUUAAAAUCUUUUCUCCCAUUUUUUUUCAUAUUAAAUUGUUUCAUAUCUAAAUAUUUGAUAUUAAAUGAAAGCCCUGUUUACCCUGAAUAAAAUGAUAUAUAAUAAGGGUGGGUGCAUUUACUAUGAAAGAGGUGAAUUACGGUUGGACAGACAUGUAGCGCAAAUGCCAGGUUUUGUUUACAUUUUUUUGUUCACAACGUGUACAUUUGACUCCGUCCUUAAGGGGUUAAUUAAGCAGUUUUGGUGUAUAGAACAUUGCCCUGCAGCCUCACUGCUCAAUCUUCUGCCAUUUAGGAGUUAAAUCCCUUUGUUUAUGAACCCUAGUCACACCUCCCUGCAUGUGACUUGCACAGCCUUCCAUAAACACUUCCUGUAAAGAGAGCCCUAUUUAGGCUUUCUUUAUUGCAAGUUCUGUUUGUUUAAGAUUUUCUUAUCCCCUGCUAUGAUAAUAGCUUGCUAGACCCUGCAAGAGCCUCCUGUAUGUGAUUAAAGUUCAAUUUAGAGAUUGAGAUACAAUUAUUUAAGGUAAAUUACAUCUGUUUGAAAGUGAAACCAGUUUUUUUUUCAUGCAGGCUCUGUCAAUCAUAGCCUGGGGAGGUGUGGCUAGGGCUGCAUAAACAGAAACAAAGUGAUUUAACUCCUAAAUGACAGUGAAUUGAGCAGGGGAAUGAUCUAUACACUAAAACUGCUUUAUUUAGCUAAAGUAAUUUAGGGGACUAUAGGGUUCCUUUAACAAUUUUGUUUUGUUUUUGUUACAUGGCUUUUGCUCAGUUUUGCAGUGGUGUUUGACAGGUCUUAAAAUUUCAAUGCAACACGCACAUUUUGUUACACAUGUAAAGGAAUGAGGACAUUAUGAGCCUUCUCUGGGGAAGAUUACUGUAUCGGAUGAAAUGAAAUGAAAGCUCAAGCUCUGAUCCUAUAAAUAGACAUUAUGAUCAUGUGUGGGCAGCAGGUUUUCGCCUCGUGUCACAAGCAGUAACAUCAUGGAGCUGCAGAUACUUACUGGUUUAAAAAGCACUAUAACCUAAUUGCAGAGAGACGGGAAUCCUCCUCAUUAUUGGAGAGUGUUAUUUUUUUUGCCUUCCCCCUCUGACCUAUCAUGUGCUUUCUCUUUGGUAGAAGAUGACCACUUUUGAUUGCUUCGGGGGAUUAAAAUUUGGUUAGAUUUAGUAUACAAAAAAAAAAAAAUUAUUAAAAAGGAGUUACAAUUAUACUUUUGCUUUAAAAAAAAAAACAUGCGGCUUACAUAAAAUGACUUAAUGUGGGGAUUAUAAGCACACUUCAAGCCUAAGCCCCCUUUCUCUUUCUCUUUCAUCAGCCACAACAUUAGAACCACAGCCAGGUGAAGUGAAUAACAUUGAUUAUAUUGUUACAAUGGCACUUGUCAAUGGGGUGGUAUAUAUUAGGCAGCAAGGGAACAGUCUGUUAUUGAAUUUCAUGUGUUGGAAGCAGGAAAAAUGGGCAAGAGAAAAGAUCUGAAUGCCCAAAUAGUUAUCUUAGACGACUAGGUCAGAGCAUUUAAAAAAAAAAAUUGCAAGCGCUGUGUGAUAUUCCUAGUAUGCAAUGGUUCGUAUUUACCAAAAGUGGUGCAAUGAAGAAGAACCAGUAAAUGGCAUCGGGUUCAUGGGCGCUCGAUGCACGUGGGCAGCAAAGGCUAGCCUGUUUUGUUCGAUCACACAAGGGCUACUAUAGCUCAAACUGCUAAAACAAAAAGUGGCCUGAUUGAAAGGUGUCCAAACACGCAGUACAUUGGAGUUGCUACAUAUAUGGAGCUGUGAAGCACUUUCAAUGGGUAUGUACACAUCAGAAGUGGACCAUAGAGCAAUGGAAGGUUGCCUGGUCUGUUAAAUCUGGUUUUCUUUUUGACCAGGUGUGCAGCAUCUAUCUUGGAAGAAAUGGGAGCAGGAUGCAUUAUGGGAAUAAGGCAGUCUGGCAGAGGUAGUGUUAUGUUCUGGUGGGAAAGCUUUGUUCUUGGCAUCCAUGUGGAACUUACUUUGACAUGUAGCAUCUAUCUAGAGCUAGUUGCAGACCACAUUCACCCCUUCCUGGCAAUGUUGUUCUCUGAUGGCAGUGGUCUCUUUCUGAAGGAUGAUGCACUAUGCCACACUGCAAAAUUUUUUCAGGAAUGGUUUGAGGAACGUGACAAAGCGUACAAGGUGUUUCCUUGGCCUCCGAAUUACACAGACCUCAAUCCCAUGGAGCAUCUGUGGGAUGUGCUGGAACAACAAAUACAAUCUAUAGGCCCCAUCUCCCAAGCAUGCCCCUCCAAGAACAAGUGACGAGGCUCAGUUCGUCAGUCUAUGCUGAAGUUUUUACGGAGAAGUGGGUAAUGGGAGAAAGACCCGUUUUUAAGUAGGCUUUUCUCCCAAUCUGUAUAUUCUAAUAACAAAGAUUGGGAGAAAAUGUAUAGUUGAAAUUUUGUACUUUCAAAAAAGCAUAUGUGAAAAUACCCAUGACAUGUACCCUUUAAAUAAUUUGCAGCCAUUAACAUUGUGGGAGGUCAGUUUAACGAUUUCUUAAAAUAGGCUGACCGUAUUAUUUGGUAGUCUGUUUGUUUCUUGUCUCCCUACAAUAAAAGGUACUAAAAAAAUGUAGCAUUUGAAUGUGCAUAUUGAUUUAAGAGUGCCUAAGUGUCUCUCUUUAUUUUUGAAUCACUUUAACAAUGUUUACUUUUUUUAAGCUCAGAUAUGCAACACUCUUCUUAAACCAUAAUGUCCAGAUACAUUCUGAGAUGGUCUAAUAAUGGAUUUGUGUCUGUGUUUUUCAUAUACUUUUUUUUUUUUUUUUUUUGGUACAUGCGUGCCAGUCAGAUUUUUUUUUUUUUUUUUAAUGUUUUCAAGAAUUUGUGUAGUAGAUGCAGUGAGAGUAUUUGAUUAGUAAAUGCAGUGUGUGUGUGUGUGUGUUUGUCUCUGUCUCAAACUGUACAAUGCAAUGUGUGUGUAUUUAUGUGUAGUGGAUGCAGUGUGUUUGUCUCAAACUGUACAUUUUGUGUGUGUGCUAGAUGCAGUGAGAGUAUUUGAUUAGUAAAUGCAGUGUGUGUGUGUUUGUGUAGUGGAUGCAAUGUGUUUGUCUCAAGUGUACAUUUUGUCUCAAACUAGAGCAUUAGCUGUUCUGUUUUCACUGUGCUUUAUUGGCAAUAUGAUCAUUAUUGACUAUAUCACAAACAUAGGGGUUGACAAACACUAAAUCUUAAUGCCAAUAUGUGUACAUAGGCUAAAUCAUUCAGUGUGAGAAAAUCUUUCUGCUUGUGAUGCACAAAACAAAUUUUAAAGCAAUUUUUGCCAAUGUGAAAUUGAGCAGUAGGCUAACUUAUUCCUCUUCCUUCAGAUGCCCACAUCAGUACAUACUGCAUUACAGACUGAUUGAAGUUGCAGCCAAUAGGGGGCUAUAUAAAUAUGCAGAAAUUAUGUUCUCAACGUAUGUUCCCAGUAAUGUAAUGAAUGACCAAAUUAGGUAUGGUAUUGAUGAUGAUACAAAUUAUACUUUUAAUUACAGCUAGAUAGUUUAGCAUCUUUUUGCCUCUAAAUGUAGGUGCCUUUGAAGGUACAGUGUUUAGGUUAUAUACCCAUUUCCUUGGGAAAAGUAUCAGUGUUUAAUUUGAAGGGUUUAUUACAGUGAUUACAGCAAUACAUGUCAACUUUUUUUUUUUCCCCUCAAAGUGCCAACACAGCAAUUAAACCUGAAUAUUGAGAUUUAAGUUCAGAAAAAACAACUCGUACAGUUAUCCGAACUAGUUAACAUCUUUUGUUUUAAAAGACACAACAGAGAGUUCAAUUAUACAAAUUUUAAAUAAUAUUAAUAGAUAAAAUUAAGCAUAUAUUUAUUAGUAUCUCCAACAAAUGCAAUGCAUACACACAGCUGAACACAUUCACACACCGACUGCUUAAUACAUACACACAGACACAUAGACUGCUAAAUACACACAGUCCAUUAAAUACAAACAUACACACAGUCAGUUAAAGGACCACUCUAGGCACCCAGACCACUUCAGCUUAAUGAAGUGGUCUGGGUGCCAGGUCCAACUAGGGUUAACCCAUUUUUUCAGGAGAGCUGUUUCCUAGAUGACUCCCCCCUGCUUCCGGUCCUGCCGAUAAGAAAGCAGAGUAGGCGCCUGCCGUUUCGGGCAGGCAGGUGCCUACUCUGCAGUGAUGCCGAACCUACGGCCACGUGCCCAGAGAGGGCCCGGCGUGCCACAGGUUUGCCAUCACUGGUUUAUUAUAAUCCAUUUAUUUUUCUGACAUUAGACUGUAGGGUACACUUUUUUGCAACAGAUUUUUAGAUUUUUAGAAGUAGAUACAUUGAGGUGCUUAAUUAUUGGAACAUCAAUCUAAUCAUCAUUUUGAUUGUUUCCAUGUUUUGGUUUUAAUUGAAACACAAGGAAAGUGGUCCUGGAACUAAUAAGUUACCCAAGAGUGAUUAAAACUUCACUUUUAUUCUGUGUUUUAAUUCUGUUACAGGCACACGCUUUAACCCUUCCCACCCUCCGUUCUUGAGAAUUAUAACAAGAUUUUAAAUAGAUACCAUUUUAACAAAAUGAUCCUUGCAUGUGUAAUGGAACAAGAAUGUCCGUUGUCACUUUACGUGGGCAUGGUGUUUUGUAACUGCAAAGCUUUCUGCACCUAUAAACUAAUCUCCUCACAGAAUCAAACCAUCCAUCCUCCAGCAGAUACACGUUCUGCAAGUACCUACUCACUCUAGCAGACUCCUUCAUAACCUACUGCAAAGAAGCCAGACCAGUGUAAAUGUCCAAUCACCUCAUCUGUUACUUCAUUCACAAAACUAGAAAUUAAACUACUAGCAUUGGCUAUCAACCAAGGCACUUUUUUUUAUUUUUUUAUUUCUAUUUCAUUUAAUGAAUGAAACUAUUGAGGAGUGCUGAACUACAUAUCUAGGUUAAUUGAUUAAUAUGUAUUUAUUUUAAUUUGUAGAAAGAGAUUUAGUUAAUUGGAUUCUUGAAUAUCUUAAAUGUAAAACAUUCUUUAGUUAAAGAACCACUUCAACUUGCUGAAGUGCUUUAUGGGUGAGGAGUAUCCUAUUUUAACUCCAGUUUAAAAAUGUGCGGAUUUCUACGUGUAUUCGGCACUUCUAUGAAUGAAUUAUUGAACUCUUCCUGGGAGGUUUGCUGCCUCCUUCUAUAAGCUCCCUUGAGCUAACAGAAAUGAGAAGCCUCUGGUUCUUUCCCAGUGAAGAUACUGCAAGUCUUUCUGGGUGCAAUUUUUUAUUUAUUUAUUUAUUUGUGGUAAAUGCACAAAAUAUACAUGCCAGUCAGAUUUUUUUUUUUUUUUUUUUCAAGAAUAUUUGUGUGUGUUUGUGUAGUAGAUGCAGUGAGCGUAUUUGAUUUAGUAGAUGCAGUGUGUUUGUGUGUAAAUGUGUGGUAGGAACUCCCCUCCUCCUUACACGUCUUAGUGCCCCACCUCAGUGUUACUUUUCCCUCUUCCUUAGUAUCCUCCCUAGUGUUCCUUUCUUCAACCCCCUUUUCCUGUCCCACGGUGCUCUUCGACCUCCCCACUUUCCCUGUCCCACGGUGCUCUUUGACCUCCCCCCUUUCCCUGUCCCACGGUGCUCUUCGCCCCUCCUUUCCUUGUCCCAUGGUGCUCUUCGCCCCUCCUUUCCUUGUCCCAUGGUGCUCUUCGCCCCCCCCCUUUCCUUGUCCCAUGGUGCUCUUCGCCCCCCCUUUCCCUGUCCCAUGGUGCUCUUCGACCCCCUUUCCCUGUCCCAUGGUGCUCUUGACCCCCUUUCCCUGUCCCAUGGUGCCCUUCACCCCCCCCUUUCCCUGUCCCAUGGUGUUCAACUGUUCCCUAGUGAUCCUUAACACCCCCAGCCCCUCUCCCCUCCUUGGUCACCGCUCCACGCUGUGUCUCCUGGUAGCGUGGGUAAGCGGAGCAGUGCGCACCGCUGUACAGUAUGAUUUAUAAUACUGUACUGAGAGGAUAUGAAAAAUUGCCCUAUUGUAUCUUAUUUUAUUGUAUUAUCUAUUUUUCUUAUCUUUUUAUAUCUCUUAUGCUAUGAUCAAUUGUGAUUUAUUUGAGGUAUUACUCUGUAUCUCGAUGUGCAGGCUAUUGGCUUUAAAAAAAAUUGAGAAUUUUUGUUGUGGAAUUGCUCAGUUUUUUUAUUAACUCAUCAAAUCUACCACAUUAAGUGAAUUUCAAUUAUAUCUAAUUACUGUUUUUUUUUUGUUUUUUUUUAAUGAAUUCCAAUGACAUCUAAUAAUUGUAUUGCAUUUCAAUUGAAUCUGAUUACUUCUUUGAAUUAAUUCUAUUUGAAUCUCAGCUUUGACACAGCUGUUAGCCACUAUUAAGUAAACCAUAUUGAGAGGUAAAUAAAUGAAAUUGCUUGAGUCAUUUAAAUUGAUUAAUUGUUAAAUUGUGUUAAUCUCUCGUAUUCCUAUAAAAAUGGAUUUGUGCAUGCAUUUGAUAGCUUGACAAAGACCGUGUAGGUCGAAACGUUGCAGUGGGUUCAAUAAAUUUGCCUUCUUGUAUCCUGAGUGUGCCUGGACUUCUCUUCUAUUUUUCCACAUCAGAUAUUUGGUUCCUGAUACUUAGACUGGUCUGGUGCACCUGGAUACAUUUGAAAUGGGUUUGGGUGCAGUUCCACAUUCCUGCUUUAUUGUACCCGGCCAGACUGACAAGAAGUGCCCUCUCAGUGAGCACUUCCUUUCAGUCCGGCCGGGUACAGGAAUCUGAAGUUCCUGUGCCACAGUGCGCUCUGCUCCGCUCGGCCACGCUACACAGAGUGCCUGGCAGGAGGGAGCGCUGUGCACCCACCUCCUGCCGAUCACUCCAUUUUAGUGCCCCCCGGGCCGGUGUGCCUUAAGGCGGCCGCUUGUGCCGCCUUCUGGACGCGCCGGCCCACUCAUUCAUAAUCGGUAUUGCCGGUGAUUAUCGACCGAUACCAAUAUUUACAAAAAAUUGGAAUAUCAACAAAACCGAUAAUCCGUCGAUCCCUAGUACCAAUAAAGUUUGCACUUUAUUAUCCAUGAUCCUCCCCAGAUAAUUAUCUUUAGGAAACCUUUCUAUAGUUUUGGAAUGUUUUUUCAAUGCUUAGGGCCAUCUCCUUGGAGAAUUGUUUUACUACACUAUUUAGCAGGUUUAUAUUGCAUCUGUUAUUUUGUGUUAUAGGGAGUGCCUUGUUCAAUAUUUCCAUAUUUCACAUGUAUUAAAUGUUAACAUUAAAGGUGACCAAUGAGGUUAAGCAUUUUGCAACGAAGGAUGUCCUCUGCAAGCACAUCUAAAGUGCUUGUCUGAAUACUUACACACUUCCUGGCAUCCAGAUGGAAAACCGUUUUUAAGCCUGCAAAUGAUAUUGUCUAAUGUGCAAAACCCUUGUUUUGGCAGCUAAUCAAUUUUGGAGUUGGCAAAUGCACAAUACAUGUAGUACAGUUCAUAACUUAUAAAUGUAGCUUCAUGGAGUGGUGAAAGAGCAUUGAUUACUGGCUUAACCGUAGGCUAUGAAGGUUUUAUUCCAGGAAUCCAUCAUUCGUCACUAAAGGUUCAUUAUGGAACAGUCCAUGCCCUGAAGUUGCUGUAUAUUGUGAAGCUGCACAAAGGUGGCACCAUGGGCUUUCUGAAGUAAAUAUUUUACAUGGCUCGAGGUUAAUUACUGCUUUUAAUAACCACGGGUAAGGGGUUGGGGACCCCUAGUCACUAGGGGCUUGGGGCUAGUCAGUGUUCCUUUUUUAGGCAUAGCAUGUGAGAGACUUGCAAAUAUUUUAUUAUACUACAUUACUGUGCUAUUUUUUUUUUUUUUUUUUUCGUGGAUUAUAACUAUUAUCUAAACUUUGUCAGACUGUGUUGAUUUAACAUGAGUCACUGUGAAGACAUUUUGUUAAACUGUUCAAUUAUUUUUCCCAUUUGUCUAGCCUCUAGUUGUCUGUGUAUGGUGAGACUUCCUGUGAAAUUAGGAUAUCCUAAAAGGCUAAUCCAAGCAACAUUACCACUUUAGUUUGAAAUUCUGCACAUUUAGAGAAAUAUUUGUAUUUUCCGUCGAAGGCAGGAUCAUUAGUUGCAGCCUGGCUUUUGUAAAUUCUAUGCAAAUUCUUUACAUGGAGUCUUAUUAAGAGCGCCCACCUGACACUCUGUCCAUGAAUGAAAUGAGUGAUUGGCAGCAUCUGGUGGUUACGCAGGUAGGAGGGCACCAGGCCACCUCUUGUCUAUUGUGGUAAUGAUGCUUAGAGUAAUCCUUUAAUCAUAACGUUUGCUUAUGUGAUCCUUGUUUUCCAUUACAUUUUUAAUAUGCAUUUCUUUUAUUGUAGUAUUGGAUCAAUGAAUAUACAUCGUCUCUUGGGAUUGGUGUCUUCCAUUCUGGUAUUCAGGUGUAUGGCAGAGGUAUGUAGUUUUGACUUGUGUUACAGUCGUGAAUUUGCAGUUUGUGAGCUACCUCUCAGUUUCCAAUUUACUGUGAUACAUAGAAUGUCUCCAGUUUCCUGGCUGUCAGUCACAAUGUCAAACCAGAAAAACUGCUUUCCCAAAGCUUUUGGCAAAUAAAAUCUAACAUAAGUAAAAAAUUGCUUCUAAGCAGCGAAUAGCCCUGUGUUUGUUCAUGAGCACUGUUAAACCCUGAAUUAGGAAACAAGUCUAGGGCAGACGGGGACACAUGUACCCCACUAUUGGCUGGCAUAUCUAUAUCACAGCCCAGUCCAGUGCAUAUAGGGAGGGACACAGUUCUGUUCCACCAUCCACCCCCUAGCUCCCAGACCCUUUCAGUGGAAGAGGUAGAGGCACUAUUUAUGCCAGUGUCCUUCCCUGUUAACAUAUUGGCUCCUCUUAAGUUUAAAUAACAGUUUGCACCCAUUUCCUGCUCACAAUUUUGAACCCACCUCCCCCAAAUGUAUUUAUUUUAAUGCCAGCCACCACACACAUAACAGUUGUUUUGAUUUUUCACUCCAGCUGGCACAGUUCAGCCUUUUAAAAUACAGGUCUGGCUUUUAGCAGUUUGACCAGGCUGAAAUCUUGAUCUGAUUCAGGCCCAUUUGGAGUCCAUUUUGCAAAAUUGUUAAAUACAAUGAUCAAUGUCUGGAUGGUUUUGACUUAUUUGGGACCGGGACAUUAGGAUUUUAGUGAAUAACCCUGUUAGUGUUGGGAUAAAAAAAAUAAAAAUUUUUUUUUUAUAUUUUUAAACCUUUGAACCACUUUAUGGAACCUACAUAAGUGUCAUUAAUUGCAUUUGGUCUGUAGGAUGAUUCCUUGUCUGAACUGGAUUAUGAUCUAAUUCAGGGUUUAAAAAAAUUAGCUUGGAAUCUAGGAGCCUGGUACAAAGGUUAGGCGCCAGGGUGUUUUAUUAAAUAUUUUUUUAUUUAAGAGGGACACUAUAUUUACCAAAACAACUUUAAUGAAGCAGUUUUGGUGUAUACAUCAUGACCCUGCAGUUUAACUCUUUCAUUCUCUGCAAUUUGUGAGUAAAAGCACUCUGUGUAGCCCUUAGGCACAGCUCUCUGCAUUUGAUUUGCAUAGCCUUCCCAAACUCUUCCUGUAAAGAGUCAUCUAAUGUUACAUCUGGUUGAAAAUAACUUUUUUUUUUUUUUUUUUUUAAAUGCAGGGUGUGCCUAGGGCUGCAUAAACAGAAACAAAAGUGAUUUAACUCCUAAAUGGCAGUGAAUUGAGCAGUGACACUUCAGAGGCAUUAUCUAUACACAAAAACUGCUUCACUAAGCAAGUUGUUUUGGGGACUAUAGUGUCCCUUUAACCCCUUAAGGACACAUGACGUGUGACAUGUCAUGAUUCCCUUUUAUUCCAGAAGUUUUGGUCCUUAAGGGGUUAACAAAGCUUCAUUUUCUACAACAAAGCUACAUAUCUUAAAAGGACACAAUACUCAUGAGAACCAUUACAGCUUAAUGUAGUGGUUCUAGUGUCCAUAGCUUGUCCCUUCAGGAUUGUCAAUGUAAAAUUUUCUUUUUUGAAAAAAGGUAGUUUAUCCUAUAGAAAAACAUUGGCUUGGCUGAGCGCAUAAAGAUUCAUUUUAACCACCAUGGAGGCAGGGAUACUCGCAGCGAGACCAGCACAGAGUGGAAUUUUUUUUUAUAAUAACACUUUUCCCAAUUGGAGGGGAGCAGAUCACCUUAAUACAUAAAAAAAAAAAAAAACUUGUGUGUGCCUGACUGUGAGGUCAGACACACACUAACAAGUUUUUUAAAUUUAUUUUUUUCCUAGCAUAUGGUGGCAGUACACAGAAGGGUUGUACUUUACAUAUAUUGGGACAAGUAACUUGUAAAAUAUUAAAAUGAAUUAACUUGCUCCUCCCACUCUCUCCUUAUAUUCCCCACAAUCCACUAUUAACCAGUUCUUCUUGUCCCAGCAUGGGACAGACAGGUAGUCUGUUAGCAUUGUGAGGCACAUGGGAUGUUGUCAGGGGGAAAUGGUCCGAUCGCUGCCCGGGUAGUACACUGAGUGACCCUGCUCCAGCAAUUACAGAGCGAAUGGAGAUAAGCGCAUUUAUGCAGAGAAUGGACCCGGCAAUCCUGUUUAGUGGCCAGACUGGCGCGCCGAAGACAUUGGGGUGAAUGCGCCUGCGCACAGUGGUGGAACGCUUGCCGGGAGGCCUUGUAUUCCACCAAAGUUCCGACCGUGCUACUGCGAAUGCGCAGGUCGGAACACUGUUAUUUUGGGGGGGGUUGCACUAAAUUUGAAUCGCUAUUUAGGCAGUGCUAGACCCUCCUGUCAGCAGGAUGCUUUUCAGAUUGGUUCUUACGUGUCACCAGACCCCCUUCCCCCACAUGGCUCUGAGGUUUUUGAGGUGAGAUAUAUUUUGUCUCUACUUUAAAAAUCCUUUUUAAUUUUUCUAAUUUGUAUUUUGAAGCUGAGUUUUUCUUUCAGAAUGUCUAUUCCUGUUUCACCUAAUAAAAUUGAAAAAGACAGGAAUCCUGCACCCAGGCAAGUUAUUGCUGAGGCAAAGCAUUUAUGCUGCAGUGAAUGCUCAUCUCCUCUGCCGGAUGGAUAUAAGGUGGUCUGUGAUUUAUGUUCGGCUGAGAGUCUGGAAAAAUCCAAGUGAAAAUACAUGCAGUCUUUUUUUUUUUUUUCUUUCUUGGUUCCAAGAUAAUUUGGCUCAAACCUUUGAGUCUUUUAAGGAAACAGUCAGAUCAAGUAUUCCAGUAGCUGCACGUUACUGCUAGUAAGAAACAUAAAAGUAGAUGAUCUUCAUCUAGUUUGGAAAUAUCCUCGGAAGAAUGCUCAGCUUCAGUUUUCUCAGAAUCUUCUGAUUCCUCAUCUAGUGUGGAGAUGGGUUUCCCACCAGAUAAGCUGAGAUAGUUUAUGAUGGAGGUAUCAUUGAUUUUGAGUGAAGAUCUAACUCAAAAAUCUAUGGAAAAAGGGUUUUCCUGUUCAGAAAAAAACUGAUUCUUAAUGUACAGAGAAUGGAAAAAUCCAGAAAGGAGAGCUUUUAUUUCUAGGCACUUUAAGAACCUUUUCAAGGACAAGAUCAAAGUGAUGAUAAAUGGGAAGAACUACCUAAGGUAGACAUACAGGUAGCUCUGCUUUCAAAAAAGGCAACCAUUCCAAUUGGUGAAGUUUCUGCCAUUAAGAUCCAAUGGAAAAAUGGGCUGAGACAUCUUGUAGAAGAGCCUUCCAGUCAGCUGGUGUUCAAUGUAAUGCAACCUUAGCAGGGGCUUCUGUUAAAGCUCAAAGCUUAUGGGUACAGUCUCUGGAGGAUUGUUUGAAAUAAGACGCUAACAAAGAUUUAGCCCAUAUCAUGAAUAACUUGAAACUCUCCAAUGAAUUUUUAAUGGAUAUGUCAGAAGCUAUCCUGAAAUUGGCAGCUCUCAUUGUGGAUUUUUCCUCUGUAGCCAGAAGUGCUUUAUGGCUACGAUCUUGGUCUGCCGACACAGCCUCCAAGUCUGCCCUGUGUGAAUUUGAUCAAUCAAAGCUGUUUUGGAUCACCUCUUGAAGAGAUUAUCAGACAAAUGUCUAAAACAAAGGGUCUUCCACAGAUGGAAAGUUCUUUGGGCACAAAAGGAGAUGGAAGAUUUGGCUGCUACACACAUAAAGGGGAAAGACAACCUUGUAGAAAAGUUGAGCAGGUCAAAAUCUUCACAAGAAGAAUGGUCCCUUCAUCCAGAGUUAUUCUCCGCUCUCACCAGAAGAUUCGGAACUCCAGACAUGGAUCUGAUGGCUAGAAGGAUAAAUCGCAAGGUCAGGAUGCUUGCCUCACUUCAGUCAAGAUCACUCCCAUUUUCUAGGCAGGAAGUCCAUCAACUGAAAUUUCAUUUUGGCGUACGUUUUUCUUCCUAUAGCCUUGAUCCAAGGGUUAUCCAGAAAAUCGGGUCAGAAGAGGCUCGAGUGCUGGCAAUUAUAACUUACUGGCUCAAGAGAAGUUGGUUCUCUGAGUUAUGGAUGAUGGCAGUAACAUUUUAGGAACUACCAACCAACCUUCCCUUGUUAGAAACCAGGCAACUACCCCUCAACACCUUGCGCAUGUUCAGAUUGACUGCAAGGCUAAAACUUCAGAGUCAUGGCAUUCAAGAUAGCAGAUUUGAUCUUUUGAUGGGCUCUACUAGAAAAUCCACUUCAAGAAUAUAUUUAAGAAUUAUGAAUCGGUUCAUUCAUUGGUGUCAUGACCAUCACUGCCUACAAAGUUCCCAUUCAGUUGUCACAAUUAUCCAUUUUCUUCAAGAUGGUUUUCUAUUCCGUCUCUGCAUCUCUACUUUGAAGGUGCAUUUAUCUGCCUUGAACUAUUUUCUCAUUAAAGAAUUUACUUCUUAGUAAUAGCAAUGCUGCUGCUCAGACCUCCAUGUAAGUCUUUUGUCUCUUCUUGGGAUUUGUCUUUAGUCCUGCAGGCUCUAUCUGAGUCUCCAUUUAAAGGCUCUGGAAGAUGUCCCUUUAAAGUUUCUUUUUUUUUUUUUCCAAGAUAGUUUGUUUUCCUUGUGGCUAUCACUUCAGCAAAAACAAUUUGAGAAAUUCAAGCCCUCUCUUCCUCUGAAGAUUUUACAAUUUUUCAUCAGAAUAAGUUUGUUAUAUCCCAAGCCUGCCUUGCCGAAGGUCAUCUCUAUGAAGGGCAUCAACCAGCCCAUUAUUCUUCCUUCAUUCUGUGGCUCGGAAUCUUCUCCUCUAGAGCACAAGUUGCACACAUUGGAUGUUAAACAGCCCUUACAAAUUUAUCUUCUCAGGUCGACUCCUUUCAGAUCACCUAAUCAUUGGAUUCCAAGGAAAAUCUAAGGGCAAACUGGUCUCUAGAACCACCAUCGCUAGGUGGCUUACAGAAACCAUCAGGUUAUCAUAUAUUCAUUGUGGUCUUCAAUCUCCUAUAUCUAUUAAAGCUCACUCCACUAGAGCUAUGGCCACUUCAUGGGCAGAACAUGCCAACGCAGCUCCAGAUGACACUUUGCAGAGCUGCCACCUGGUCUACUUUUCACACAUUUAUAAGCACUACAGGAUAGACCUCUUCUCAUCCUCAGAAGCUGGGUUUUGGUGUCAGGUGCUCCAAGCCGUAGUAUCCCGUUUUCCCGCCCAUUUUUUAUUUUCAUUUGGGAUCUUGCUAUAUCCCAUGAGUGUACUGCCACCAUAUGCUAGGAAAAACUGACAUUUUUCCUUAAUAUGGUGGCAGUACAAUAUCCCUCCCUGUUUUAUACUAAUUUGAUUUUGCAUUUGUGGGGUUUAUAUUUCUUUUGGUAUUAACUAGUUAGUAGUGGACCGUGGGAGGAGCAAGUCAAAUCCUUUUAAUAUUUUACAGGCUACUUGUCCCAGCAUAUGGAAGUACAACCCAUCUGUGUACUGCCACCAUUUUAAGGAAAAAAGAAUUUACGGUGAGUAAAAAUGUUAGUUUUUUCCCUAGCUUAUGGUGGCAGUACACAGAUGGGAUAUAGCAAGAUCCCAAAUAAAAAUAAAAAUUGGGCUGGAAAUCGGGAUACUAAGGUUUGGAGCACCUUAUGCAUUUGGGAGAGCUGGAGUGGAUCCUUUCCUUAGGGUCCAUUGGAGUUGCUGUUAUCCUGUAAUCUUUCUGCAAGCUCUUCUUUCUCUACUCUCUCGCACGCUGUAUUGUGAUGCUGGGGCUGGGUGACGUCAUAUCCCAGAUCUAGCAUCACAGCACAGGUGUGUAAGUAUGCAGAGCAAGAAGAACUCGAAGAUCAGAUUCCUCCCUUGCUGUCCGACUCAGUGUUCCCUCAGCCAGCUGCCUACAUGCUCCCUAAGCCGGCCGGCCACGUCGACUUAACGGGCAGACACCAGGAUAAAAUUCCUAGUAGCCAUGGCUACCCGGCACCUGGGAUUUGUCAAAACCUUGUGUAAUUAAAGUUAAUAUUUAAUAACAGCAUCUCAUGAACAAAAGGUUACCCUAAGGCAGGGGUAGGCAACCUACGGCACUAGUGCCAUGCACGGCACUCGAGGUGCCUUUGCACGGCACUCGAGGUGGUGAAGGACAAUGCUCAAUUUAUGCAUUGCAGCACGUAGAGGAAGUGAUCUCAGAGCACUUAAUUCCAGCACUUGUGAAUGGGAAUCCACACAGUAUUCGAGCAGCUUGUUGGUGUUGUUGUUGCAGCUCCUGUCCUUGACCAGUACCUGGCUGGUCUGGUCCCCACUGGAACCCAAGGAAGCCACCGACACUGCUAGAUAUACACAGAAAUGCAGAAUAACCCUCCCCUCAUACAAAUAAUAUGGACAGCCCACACACAAACAUACACACAAUCCGCACAAACGCAACACCACUAACAAUCCACAUACAUGCAUACAACCCCACAUGCAGCCUCUCACAUGCAAUACCCCAGACAGCCCCCACACACUACCAAAUACACAAUGUGACAUAUCCAUCCACACACACAAUUCUACAAAGUGCCCCCAUACACAGCCCACAUUCAUACACAAUACCAUAAACUACUCGUGAACAUAUACAAUAUAAUAGCUCCUAUACGCACAAAUACAACAAUACAAAGCAAUUACAGUAUAAAUACCACAAGCAGAAUACGGCAGCAUACACACCUCAAUUUAAAAAAAUAAUAGGACCGGCACGCUACGGGACAUCACAAUCCUAUAUCUGCACAGUGCUGCUAAAAGGUUGCCUACCCCUGCCCUAAGGUAAAGGAAAUUCACAUAGCUGUAUAAAUUGCAGUUGCAGUACUUCUUUAAUUUCAUAAAAUAUUUGAGCGUGGUCAUUGGCAGUCAUGUCUUGCUGUAGGCCAAUCUUUGGCAUUCCAGAUGUUGUGGACUAAAUCUCCCCUGAUGCUUUGCCAACUUUAUGGCUGUAAACACACUAUGAGAGAUGUACUGGGGUGAUGAUGGAUGCAUAUCCUUGCUCUGGCAGAUCUUACUUUAGAAACUACAAAUUUUGGUUGUUUGCAGGAGUUUGAGUUGGUUGCUCUUGCACAUUUUUUCAAUGUAUUGCCUAUAGAUAUAUCCCUUGAAUUGUCUCCUUGUGAAGGGGUCUUGUAUGCGUCGUAGAGUCUGCAAUAAAUGUCAUAGGGCAGGAAACCUAGAAACAAAGGACCUUUUUAUGUGGAGUUUUUAAUGUGUAUUUUUCUUUUCUUUUUUUUUUCUUUGUAAUACACUGCUAAAUCUUCCAUUACUUUAAAAAAAAAAAAAAAAAAGCUCUUCUUGCAAAUGUAAUAGUAGUGCUUUGAGUCCUGAUGACCGCACAUUUCCUUUGUCUGUAUCACUUCUUACGGGGGCAUCAUAUAUUGCAAAUCAAAUUUUAGUUACUCAACAAUGUCUCUUGGUGAUUUUUUUUUUUUUUUUUAUUUUUAUUUUUUUUUUGUUAGUAGCAAAUAUACGAUUAGUAAUAGUUGGUAUGUAACAACCAGAUACUUGAAACACAACCUGACGAGCCCAUUUAAGACGUGUGCACUAGACGUUGUCAGUUACAGUUUUGAGCUUGCACUUAGUACCAUAAAACAAACAGAAUAACAAACAGACGGUAAAAGUGCUGCAACACAGCCUUAUGUUUUGUCAAUGAUCAUAACUCUAAUAUUGAAUAAUAAUGUGAAAACUGCUACAUGUGUUAGAUAAAUGAACUAGUUUAGAUGAAUAUUGUUGCUGAUUACUUUUAUGUUUCUUUUUUAUUUAUUUUUUUAUGAAGAAUUUGCCUAUGGUGGUCAUCCCUACCCAUUCUCUGGAGUCUUUGAAAUUUCUCCUGGAGAUUCAACUGAAUUAGGAGACACGUUUAAAUUUAAGUAAGUACUGAUGUGUGUCCUGUAUUGCCUGUGAAUGAAUUUGAUUCUAAAGGGUGGGAGAGAGAGGGAGGAGGGGUUAUUUCUGUAUAAAAGUAAAUUUUAGUUGCACAAUGCACAAAACAGUUUAUGCUAGAAAGGUGUUGAUACAUUUUUUUUUUUUUUGUGGCUUUUUGAAGUCUCUUAGCAAGAAUGCAAUAAUUUUUUACUCAAAAUAAUUUCUUGACAUCGAAAGUGUAUGACUUGAUGGCUGCUACUUCCUGCAAGGGAGAUAUUAGAAUUAUCAUCAUUUAUAUAGUGCUAACCUAUUCCAAAGCGAUUUUAUAUUAUUAUAAAGGCUGAAAUUUAACAAUAAAUGAGACCAUUACAAAAUGUUACAGAAACAAUAGGUUGAUGAAGCCCUGCUCAAAUGAUCAUACAAUCUAGAGGUAAUUGGCCUCUCUUGCAGAGCCUGCAAGGGGCAGCAUUUUUCCCAAAGCUCCCCUUUCCUCCCUUUACCUUUUGUUAAUUGAGUUUUUUUUGGGUUAUGGCUUUUAUUUAGUUUUUUUAAAUUUCAUGCAUUCCCCUCUUCGAUUCGGAGUGCCUGCAUGCACUCAAAGCCAGUUAAAUAGUCCAAUCAAAGGAUUCUAUGAGAAGCCUUUGAUUGGACCUUGGUUACUGUUGCCAUGAUGUCUGAUGGGGGAGUGAUCAGCAGUGCCAAAAGCUUGGCCCAGCACUGGGCUUUUAUUAUUUAUUUUAGUGUUUUGGCUGUUUUUGGUUUGUAGGGGUUUUGUAAGGCAAUAAUGCUUUAUUAAGAAACUAUUUUAAAGGAUGGGGGGGAGGGGUAGUUCAAGUAUCAAGUAACCCUUUAAUGAAAAGAAGUUGCUAAAUCUAAUAUUUACUAAAAUAGACAAUAGAGCCCGCUAUGUGGAAAAAGAGCUACCUUACUUGCGGCUGUAAAUACUCUCAGCUUAAGCUGACAGUGUGCAGUAUUUCCUCUUGACCAUUGUUUCCAUUUCAUAGACAAAAAUGGCCUCCGAGGGAGAAAACAUGGCAACUUCAGAUAUGUAUGGGUUGCACUGUGCCUGCUUUUUGUUCUGUCUCUUAAAAAGAACACACCCCAUUAAAAUAAUAUAAAUCCAUAAAAAGGCAUGAUUAUUAUAGUGUUGUGCAGAGGUUUAAUUUUAUUUUCAAGGUGUACAGGAAAUCCAUUGGAUUUCUUCGGUCUGAACAUUUCAAUUGUGUGUGCACUUCAUGGUGCCAAGUAUUGUAUAAGGGCCAUCAUUACCCUGCUUUGUUCUCCUAAAUAUAAAAGCUUUGGUCUAAUCUUGGUACUUGCAAGUGGGAGAAAUGCUACACACUUCUUAGCAACGUGAAUAGUUGGUUAUCACAGGGUGCAGACGAGUGUAUGUAUGGAGAGGCAUUUAAUUGAACAUAAUCAGACAAUUUGCCCCAUUCACACUGACUAAAAGCUAUCAAAAUGUCAAAUAUUCUAAUAGACUUAAAUCAUGUAAGUUAAUGAAGAGGCUCAUGUGGUGUUGUAGGGUAUGUCUUUCUUUAUGGAACUUUGCUGAAUGUUAUAAACGAAAAUUACUUAAUCCAUUGUUUAUCUUUAAUAUAAAUGGAAAGUGUUUUUGCAUGUGUGUUUUAAAAUGAUCCUCCUUGGAAAUUAUUUAUAUUUGUAUGCGUUGUGUUUAACUGAAAUUAACAAUAUUGUGUUAAAUUAAAAAAAAUUAUUUUUCUAUAAUUGUAAGGUGCUGCAGAAUAUGUUGGCGCUAUAUAAAUGAUGAAAAUUUUUUCUGUUUUUUUGUUUAAUAUAUACUCCCACCCCUUUCUUGCACUUCAGAACUUCUUAGCCAGGGAUGAAUUAGUUGUCCUGGUUUAGACUUUCUUAAAUUUCAACUCAAAGGGACACUAUAGUCACCAGAUCUACAGCUUAAUGUAGUUGUUCUGGUGAGUAUAGUCCGUCCCUACAGUGUUUUCAGAGAAAAAGCAGUGUUUACAUUACAGCCAGGGCCAGAUUAACAGCCCAGUGGGCCUGGUGCUGACAAUUAUGACGGGCCUAAUUAAAGAAUCAUAUCGACCAAAAACACUAAAACACUCCCAAGCGUCAUGUAUCUGAUGGAGAUGGUGCUGGAGAGAAAGAAAACAGCAGCUAUAAGAAAAAACACAUACCCUAUGCUAAUCUCCCUCUAACUUAUGUUUCCAUCUUUCAAGUAAAUCCAUAACCCCUAACAGCACUGUCCAGACAAGCAGGAAGUCAAUGGGCACGGUAAAAGGCUGUGCCACGGACACAAAUCAAGUAACCUGCCAAAAGGGGCAAACAUGCCCAAAAAGAGGACAUGUCUGCCCAAAGAAUUUGAAGGCCAGCCUGGCAUGAAUGCAUGUCAGGCUGCCUGCCAAUCAUGCAGCUGGCCAACUAAGGGCAUACUAUGCAGACAGCACCCUGAGCUAGGCAUAAAUGCAUCUAAUGAUGUGCUCGCUCAACGCUUUCUAAAGGACUGUCCCCUAGCACUCGCUGGUCCACUUGUCUCCUUACCUUCUUACUAGCAGGCACACGCUCCUGGUAUAUAGUCUGGGACAGAGAAAAGCUGUAUGUAGUGAGUGUAGAAGAAUGGGAACAUGCCACAGUGUUAGAGAGACCAAAGUCAGCAUUACCUUAAAGGAUCACUAUAGGGUCAGAAACACAAACAUGAAUUCCUGACCCUAUAGUGUUAACACCACCAUCUAACAACCCCUGGGCCCCUCAUGCCUCCAUAAAUAUAGUACAAAUCUUACUGUAUUCAAGCCUGAAGCUGUAUCUCUGCAUGCUGUUUGACUCAGAAAAACAAGCAGUGUGCUGACAUCAUUAGUCAUCAAGUGGUGGCCUGAUCCAAUCACAGUGCUUCCCCAUAGGAUUGACUGAGACUGACAAAACGGCAGAUCAGGAGCAGAGCCAGCAUGAUUCAAACACAGCCCUGGCCAAUGAGCAUCUCCUCAUAGAGAUAAAUUGAAUAAAUGAAUCUCUAUGAGGAAAGUUCAGUGUCUGCAUGCAGAUUGAGGAGACACUGAAUGUUUGGAUGCAUUUUAGGCAGCCAUUACCCAGGAAGGAUCUCUAACAGCCAUCCAAGGAGUGGCCAGUGAAGUUAUCACGAGGCUGUAAUGUAAGGACUGCAUUUUCUCUGAAAAUACAGUGUUUACAGCAAAAAGCCUGAAGGUAAUGAUUCUACUAACCAGAACAUAUUCAAUAAGCUGUAGUUGUUCUUGUGACUAUAGUGUCCCUUUAACUAUAUUCAUUGUCAGCCAGUCCACACAAGUUUUGUUCCCAUACAUCCCUCUUAAAGGACCACACUAGGCACCCAGACCACUUAAUGAAGUGGUCUGGGUGCCAGGUCCAGCUAGGGUUAACCCAUUCUUUUAUAAACAUAGCAGUUUCAGAGAAACUGCUAUGUUUAUGAAUGGGUUAAGCCUUCCCCCAAAGCCUCUAGCGGCUGUCUCAUUGACAGCCGCUAGAGGUGCUUGCGUGCUUCUUACUGUGAUUUUCACAGUGAGAGCACGCCAGCGUCCAUAGGAAAGCAUUGCAAAUGCUUUCCUAUGCGACCGUCUGAAAGCGCACUCAGCUCUUGCGCAUUCAGCCGACGGGGAGGAACGGAGGAGGAGAGCUCCCCGCCCAGGGCUGGAAAAAGGUAAGUUUUUAUCCCUUUUCCCCCUUCCAGAGCCACUAGGACACUAGGAAGACGGGGAGACCUGGGGACACGGGGAGAUCUAGGGACACAGAGACACCAGUGACACUGGGAAACUAGGGGACACUGGCUGGGACACAUGGGGACACUGGGAAAAUAGGGGACACUUGAAGACAUGGGGACACAGACACUAGAGACACUGGCUGGGGGACAGGGGGACAUUGAGACAUGGGGGCACAGGGAGACAUGGGGACACUGAGACACCACGGCCACAGACAUUAGGGACACUAGCGUGGAGACAUGGGGACAUUGAGACACUUGAGGCACUGGGAGACAUGGAGGCACUAGAAGACAUGGGGACAGUGAGACACUGGGAGACUAGGGGUCACUGAGACACCAGGGAUACUGGCAGGGAAACAUGGGGACACUGUCUGCCAUAAUGUCUCCCAAUGUCCCUUAGUGUCUGUGUCCCCAUGUCUCCUUGCAGCUUUCCCCCCAUCCCUUACUUCCCUGAGCUGUAGGCUGUCUCUGCAGGGUGGGAGAAGCUGUCUGGACUCUCUUUAGCUGCAUCCCUGCAGAUCAGUGAGUAGAGAGAGGCAGGGAGGGAUAUGCUGGAACUUCCUAUCCCUGCCUGUCUCCACACACAGCGACCCCUACUGGCCAGUGCUGGUAUUGCAUAGUAAUCUCCUGUUUAUACUGAGAAAAAUACCAGCAUUUGUAUUGCCAAUAUCACCAGCCAGGCAGCCACAAAUACUGGCUGUGCCAAUAAAAUAAAAGCAUAAGAGUAGUGUGUGAAUUCUUUUUUUUUUUUUUUUUUUUUAAAUCAAUGGGCCUAUUCCAUGGGCCUGGGCCUGGGCCUGGAGCUGCAGCUCCAUCAGCCCCUAUGUUAAUCCGGCCCUGAUUACAGCCUAGGGAUACCUCCACUGGCCACUCCUCAGACUGGCCUUCAGUGUCUCCACCCUCUGCAUGGAGACACUGAACUUUCCUCAUAGAGAUGCAUUGACCAGGGUGGCGUUUGGCAAUGGCCCUAGCCCGCUUCCUUGGCAGACCUCAUCAGAUUUGUCAGUCUCUGCCAGUACAAGGCUUUCCUAUGGCCGAUCAGGGGCAGAGCCAGCAACAUCAGACUGGAACAAAGGUAAGAUUUUACUAUAUUUAGGCAGCUAAAUAAUAUAUUUAAUCCUAUUAGGAUUGUACUUGAUGUUGCAGCUCAAGUUCAUAACUUUUUUUUUUUAAAUCUGUCUCAUGGAAAGUUGGCUAGCUUGCAGUUUCUUUUAGUGAGUGGAGAAUACCAUAGCGAAAUAUUGUGCUUUAUUAAAUCUGAUCAUUCCUUUCUGUGGUCUCUCAUGUUUGACAUUAGCUCGUUACAAAUAACUGGGCCUAGCUGAACUAGAAAGAUCUAAAAAAAAAAAGUGACAGGUUUAUUUAAAGAAGAAAAAAAUAAUUUUAACCAAAUUUUUGGUUUUUGCGUUUCUGUCAAAUGUCAGCUAAAAUAUUUAACUAUAGCAACAGGAUGUUUGUUUGUCCUGCAACAAUUGAAAUUAAUCAAAUUUAACUUUUUCGUUUCUUGGUAUGAAAUUAGCUUAAGUCAGCGCUUGACAAAUUUGCUUGGAAUCUAGGAGCCAGGUUUUUCAAUGCCAAAAAUACAAUUCCUAAAGGGACACUAUGGUGAUGAGUCACCAUAACCACUACAGCUUAAUUUAGUUGUUCUGAAGUCUAUAUCCUGUCCCUGAACUCUUUUCAAUGUAAACACUGACUUUUCAGACAAAAGGUAGGGUUUACAUUGCUGCCUGGUGUCACCUCUAGUGACAGUCACUCAGACAGCCUCUAGAGGUGGUUUCCAGGUCAGUGCUUUACACUGUGCAGCGCCUAUGUUAAGGUUCGCCAUAGGGAUGCAUUGAUUCAAUGCAUCUCUGAGGAGAAGUUGAUUGGUGCAGUGGCAUUUUGCCAAGCACACGCAAUAGCCUCUCAAUGCUUUCCUAUUGGGAAGCAUUGGAUUAGUUGAGAUCCUCAAGAUUGAUUAUUUCAGCCAUGGAGGUGGGGCCAGCCGCAGCAUCACCAGCACGGCAUGGGGAAAAGGUGAGUAAUAUCUUUUUCCCAUGUGAUUGCAGGGGGAGACAGGUCACUUAAACAUACACACACUCACUGACAGGCACGCGCACAAAUCAUUCCCUUUUUUUUUUUUUUUUUUUUUUUAAAACCACGCAGCCUCCCUACAUUUGGGAGAGCUGGGGUGGAUCAGCUUUUUUUCCCUGUGGUCCAAUGGGGCUGCUGUCCGCUCCCUAAAUCGCACUGUUUAGUGAGCCGGAGGGGACAGAGUGACCUCAUACUCCGGCUCCCGGCAUCACUGCCAGGAGUGUGAGGGUGCAGAGCAGGGAGAUUACAGCGUUCUCAAACGUCGCACUGUUAAGUCAGCCGUCCACCUCUCUCUCCUCUCCAUUGCCCGGCAGCCGCGCCCCUCUCUCAGCUCUCCAUUGCCCGGCAGCCGCCUCUCUCUCUCAGCUCUCCAUUGCCCGGCAGCCGCCUCUCUCUCUCAGCUCUCCAUUGCCCGGCAGCCGCCUCUCUCUCAGAGCUCUCCAUUGCCCGGCAGCCGCCUCUCUCUCAGAGCUCUCCAUUGCCCGGCAGCCGCCUCUCUCUCUCAGAGCUCUCCAUUGCCCGGCAGCCGCCUCUCUCUCAGAGCUCUCCAUUGCCCGGCAGCCGCCUCUCUCUCAGAGCUCUCCAUUGCCCGGCAGCCGCCUCUCUCUCAGAGCUCUCCAUUGCCCGGCAGCCGCCUCUCUCUCAGAGCUCUCCAUUGCCCGGCAGCCGCCUCUCUCCCUCAGCUCUCCAUUGCCCGGCACCCGCCUCUCCCUCUCAGCUCUCCAUUGCCCGGCAGCCGCCUCUCCCUCACAGCUCUCCAUUGCCCGGCAGCCGCCUCUCCCUCUCAGCUCUCCAUUGCCCGGCAGCCGCCUCUCCCUCUCAGCUCUCCAUUGCCCGGCAGCCGCCUCUCCCUCUCAGCUCUCCAUUGCCCGGCAGCCGCCUCUCCCUCUCAGCUCUCCAUUGCCCGGCAGCCGCCUCUCCCUCUCAGCUCUCCAUUGCCCGGCAGCCGCCUCUCCCUCUCAGCUCUCCAUUGCCCGGCAGCCGCCUCUCCCUCUCAGCUCUCCAUUGCCCGGCAGCCGCCUCUCCCUCUCAGCUCUCCAUUGCCCGGCAGCCGCCUCUCCCUCUCAGCUCUCCAUUGCCCGGCAGCCGCCUCUCCCUCUCAGCUCUCCAUUGCCCGGCAGCCGCCUCCCCCUCUCAGCUCUCCAUUAAUCAGCUGCCCGUCUUUCUCCCUCAUCUCUCCAUUACCUGGCCGCAGCCUCCAGCCUGCCCUUAGCUGUCCAUGAGCUCGCAACCGCACUGUCAGCCUCCCGCUCUCAGCUCUCCAUUACCCACCUGCCUGCUUCCCUCCCUCAGCUCUCCAUGAGCUGUCCGCCUACCUCAGUCCUCUGUGAGCCGACUGCCCGCCUCUGAGGCAGCCGGUCACCUCGAGGGCUAAACAGGCUCAGAAAUCCCUCGCGCCUGGGAUUUGUCGAGCCCUGGCUUAAGUGACAAAGUGGUUAUUUUCUUUAUUUUCUGGGAAUGCUGUUCAUGUUCUACAUUUCAAUAUACAUACAGAAGUACUGUAAAAUUUGUAGAUGCAUCAUCACUAAUGCCUUAGAGCCAUGGAUGAAGAUUUGCUUCAUUCAAGAUUUCUGUUCAUCUAACCAUCUUUUUCAUAUUCCUUCACUCUAAGGGAAGCAAUAGCCUUGGGGAGCACAGAUUUUACAGAGAAUGACAUUGAAAAAAUAGUAGAGGAGCUUGGAAAAGAAUUCAAAGGGAAUGCCUAUCAUCUCAUGCACAAAAACUGCAACCACUUCUCAUCUGCUUUGUCAGAGGUAAACAAACACUGAUAGGCUUUUUUUUUUCUCUUCUCCAAAUCAAGUAAUGCACAGUUGUUCAGAAAUGUACAAUAUAAGUUUUGAGCGGGCUAUAAUCAAUAUUUGCAAACCAUUAAUGAGCUAUUGCUCAAUGACAGCUAGAGUCCCUGUGGGUCCUUUCACGUAUAGGCUAGAUAAUGACUGUUUUGCUUAGAAUGCCCCAUACCUUCCACCAUAACCAAUGAUGAUGUACUAAUUAAACCACCAAACCUAUAAACUGAAAUAUGGGAUUGAUCAUAAACCAAUUAUCACCCCUGCUAUUUAAUGAGUAUAUGUGUGCUAAAGUAUCUGAAGUGUGGCAUAUUUAUGGGGAGUUUGUUUUUGGUUAUUAAACUAGAAAGAUGUCUACAUACAGUGAGGGGGGGAAAGUAUUUGAUCCCCUGCUGAUUUUUAACAUUUGACCACUGACAAAGAAAUGGUCAGUCUAUAAUUUUAAUGGUAGGUUUAUUUUAACAGUGAGAGACAGAAUAACAAAAAAAUCCAGAAAAACACAUGUCAAAAAAUUAAUCAAUUGAUUUGCAGGAGUGAAAUAAGUAUUUGAUCCCCUAUCAAUCAGCAAUAUUUCUGGGUCCCAGGUGUCUUUUUUAUACAGGUAACAAGCUGAGAUUAGGAGCACUCUUUUAAAGGGAGUGCUCCUAAUCUCAGCUUGUUAUCUGUGUAAAAGACACCUGUCCCCAGACGCAAUCAAUCAGAUUCCAAACUCUCCACCAUGGCCAAGACCAAAGAUGACAGGGACAAGAUUGUAGAGCUAUACAAGGCUGGAAUGGGCUACAAUACCAUUGCCAAGCAGCUUGGUGAGAAGGUGACCACAGUUGGUGUGAUUAUUCGCAAAUGGAAGAAACACAAAAUAACGGUCCGUCUCGCUCGGUCUGGUGCUUCAUGCAAGAUCUCACUUCGUGGAGUUUCAAUGAUCAUAAGAACGGUGAGGAAUCCGCUCAGAACUACACUGGAGGAUCUUGUUAAUGAUCUCAAGGCAGCUGAGACCAUAGUCACCAAGAAAACAAUUGGACAAACAUUAUGCUGUGAAGUCCUGAAAUUCUGCAGCGCCCGCAAGAUCCCCCUGCUCAAGAAAGCACAUGUACAGGCAGGUCUGAAGUUUACGAAUGAACAUCUGAAUGAUUUAGAGAACUGGGUGAAACGGUCAUGGUCAGUUGAAACCAAAAUCAAGCUCUUUGGCCUCAACUCGCUGUUUUUGGAGGGGGAGGAAUGCUGCCUAUGACCCAAGAACACCACCCCCACAGUCAAACAUGGAGGUGGAAACAUUAUGCUUUGGGGGUGUUUUUCUGCUAAGGGGACAGGACAACUGCACCACAUCAAAGUUACGAUGGAUGGGGCCAUGUACCAUCAAAUCUUGGGUGAGAACUUCCUUCCCUCAGCCAGGGCAUUGAAAAUGGGUCGUGGGUGGGUAUUCCAGCAUGACAAUAACCCAAAACACACAUCCAAGGCAACAAAGGAGUGGCUCAAGAAGAAGCACAUUAAGGUGCUGGAGUGGCAUAGCUAGCCUCCAUACUUUAAUCCCAUAGAAAAGCUGUGGAGGGAGCUGAAGGUUCGAGUUGCCAAACGUCCGCCUCGAAACCUUAAUGACUUGGAGAGGAUUUGCAAAGAGGAGUGGGACAAAAUCCCUCCUGAGAUGUAUGCAAACCUGGUGGCCAACUACAAGAAAAGUCUCACCUCUGUGAUUGCCAACAAGGGUUUUGCCACCAAGUAAGUCGAAGGGGUCAAAUACUUAUUUCACUCAUUGAUGUGCAAAUCAAUUUAUAACUUUUUUGACAUGCAUUUUCCUUUUUUUUUUUUUUUUGUGUUCUCUCUCACUGUUAAAAUACAUAUACCAUUAAAAUUAUAGACUGAUCAUUUCUUUGUCAGUGGGCAAACGUUCAAAAUCAGCAGGGGAUCAAAUACUUUUUUUUUUUUUUUUUUUUUCUCACUGUAUGUAACUUUUAAAAGUGACAUCUGGCUUUUUAUUCUCAGUACACAUAUGCUUACUUUUAUUUUUAUUUUUUUAUUAUUGUACAGAUCCUAUGUGGAAAAGAGAUCCCUCGUUGGGUAAACAGGUUGGCAUACUUCAGUUCCUGCGUACCUUUUCUACAAAGUUGCCUACCUAAAGAAUGGUUGACACCUGCAGCCCUUCAGUCCAGUGUCAGUCAGGAGUUGCAGGAAGAACUGGAGGAGGCAGAGGAUGCAGCAGCCUCUGCCAGUGCAUCCACAUCAGCAAUGCCAAGACCAGGGCGGCACACCAAACUAUAGAUUUUCUUUUUUUCCUUUGGUUCACAGGGGACGUUAGUAUAAAGAAUUGUUUUUGCAAUUGUAUUAAAACUGACCUCCAGCAACUGACACUUGUAUCCAAAAGUGAAAUACACUCCUCUCCCCACCAUGUUUGGAUUUGAGAACAUCUAUUCUUUUGCAGUCUUUUCAGCUCAGGAUCAUAUUUGUAUUCAAGAAAAUUAACAUGAUGAGACAAAAGAUACAAAAGCCACUUUGUCAUAUACUUUUACCAACCCAAAUAUUCUUUUGAAAAUUUCUUCAUCACUGUCUUGCAUACAUUUAUAUACAUUUCGUAAAUUUUUCUUUUUUUUUCUUUUCUUCACAAUGCAGUGUUUUCAAUUGUUGCUGUUUACACCUCUUGUGACGAAUCCUGCCGCUGGCAAAGAUUGAAGGGAAAUCCAUUUUGUUUUUUUCACUGCUGAUUUUAUAUUCAUUUUACCUCAAUUUUACUACUAGGUAAUGUUUCAGAAAAAAAAAAAAAUCUUCAUCCAAUAGCACCCUGACAAUGCAACAUCAUCUCCACUUAAGUGUGUGUUAAUAUUUUUGGCACAAGGACUUGGAUUAGUAUUUGAUUGGUAUUCUUCUGGGAAAUUCCUUUACAACAGUAGUACGUCCACUCAACUGCAGAAUAGAAGAUGAUGUGCCUGUUGUCAAGGGAAGAGGAAAUGAUGCAGUGCACUUUUAACGGUUUACAUCUUGCUUCGUAUUGCCACCCAGCAUUGGUCACCGAUUCAUGAAUACCAUUUUUACACACAAAAAAUACAAUGCAAUCGCUCCACACUUGUAAAGCAAGAUAUUGAUAGUAACCAAAUUUACUAGGUAGAAAAAUCCCUUGUUGAUCUGACAGAUUUGUUCUCAUUUUGUUGUUUUUCAUAUUGUUGAAAGUUUGUGUUAAUUUGCCCCUGUUGAGGUUAGACAUCAGACUUUGCUUUACUACAUCUUCAAAGGUUUGUUUACGUGUAGGUUGAGAUUUGUCAUAUGUUUGAGCAUCUGGCUCUCUGAUGUGGCUCAUCAGAGCUGCAACAUAAAAUAUUAAGUGCCCACCUUUGUCCAAUUAAUCUGUGUGCUUUAUUUUUGCAUCAUAGACAAAUGUUUUUGCUCCACUUUUUGGUAAUUGUUUGUUAGUCAUAUUAUUGUACUAUUUAUUACCACUAGAUCAGGGAUUUUGAAAACUUCCUGUCUCUGACUUACUAUAUUUGUAAUGAAGUAUCCUUACAUUUUGCAAACAUCACCUUGUCUGACAUGAGAUGAUUAAUAACCAGUCUGUUGGCAAAAGUCAUUUAUGGUCUUACUGACAUUUAUAAACGUGUAUUCUAUGAUCGUUUUGAAACUUAAUUUUGUUUGUUUUUUGUUUUUCUUUCUUUCUUUAAUUUUUUUUUUUUUUAAAUUACAUAUCCUUUUUGGGUUUUUUUAACUCUGUUAACCUUUUCUUUGUUAUAUUGUGACAUUAUGUAACUUGGGUAAGUGUCAAACUCCUUUCACCAUAGAGCAGCACACUGUAGGAAUUAUGUUUCUUAGACUGCCCAAGAAAUAUAUUUAAAAAACAUAGGUGCUGAAUGCUUAGAUUGGUCCACAUUUAAUAUCUCAGGUUGAAAAUACACUAGAGGAGAAGGGCCGGCGCUUCCGUUAAGCAAAUAAUGCGUUCGCCUGGGGCUCCGACCUGUAGGGGGUGCCCACUGAGAGCUUCCCUGGUUAGCUGCCCUGCUGCUGUCUGGGGCUGGUGUACUAGGUGAGCGGCUCCUUAGCCAUCCACUAGUGCAGCCUUCCGGCCACUGGGCUCCUCUCUGCUGCUUACCUGCUCAGGGACCGUGGUUUACUGUAACCCCAGCACUGGAGCAGAGCACACUGCAGGCAAGGGAAGCCUGGACCUGCUGCCUCCUGCCUGUGAUCACCGGAAGCACGGUGAUGGGAGCAGGAAGCAGCCUGUACUUGGAGUGCAUGGCUUUCCUGCUCCCACUGUAGAAAGAAGAGCAACUCCCCACAGGCUGGAUCUCCUCUCCACAGCACUUUGGUGUGGCCCACCUGGAGACUUAGAGGGACUGUUUAUUGUGUACAUGAUUGUAAAUUGGGGUGUGUGUGUGUAAAUAAAGUGUGACUUUAUGUAAAGUGGUGUGACACUGUGUGUGUUAGUGUGCAAAUGACAUUUUGUUAGUGAGUGUGCAAGUUACACUAAAUGCCAGUGAGUGUUUGUGUUUUUUGUG